AAUCCAGAACAAUCUCAAGGGGGCCGUUAAUUGCCUCUUAGAAUCUCGACCAACAAAGGUGUGGAGGCUUCGCGACUGCCUCCCGAAGCUGGAGCAGGCACUCGAACCCUUCACAGACCUACCCAAGCUGAACCGGGGUCAGCUCACUAAGCUCCUUGUUAAGGAGCAGGGCCUUGAGUUUGAGUUUGCUGCUACAUGGGUGAGUACGUGGAUGGAGAACAAUGACAAGGUAAAAAAUCUUAUCUAUCUGAGCUUGAGUCUCUACAGCUAUUGGCAUUGAUUGUAAGACUUUGCUAUUGAUUUCUGACCUAGUUAUCGUGUAUUCAAGCAUGAUUAAUACCUCCAACACUGACAAAGACAAAGAUAAGUCGGAGGCAGUAGAUGUCGUGGCACUGUCAAGGUCAACUACACUUCUCUCGUCAAUGAUUUGCAACUCUGUCUAUGCAGGCGAGCCAAGCAGGGUCGCCAAAGCGGGUAGAUGGGCCGAGUGGUUGGCCCCCUCUGAGCGGAGUCCUUAUGCAUUCUUCAGCCGUGAUCUAAGCUGAACUUUGAAUUUUGUAGAUAAAAAUACAUUUGGAAUAAUAGGACAUGCCCAGAAAGCGGGCCCUUGAGGGCCCGCUCCGCUGGGCAUAGGUCGGCAGCAACUAGACAGAUAAGAGCACGGUGGCCAUGGCCAAGCUAGCUAGCAGGCUCGCGGGACGCGGCAAAGUUAGAAGGUUGGCGAUGGCAAAGCAGCUGCUGGGCUAGAUUUCGCCAAGCAGCUAGCAAGCUUGCUAGGGGCAAGGAGCUAGCUUGCCUAGCCAGCCAGCUAGAUAGGGGCGAGCAGCUAGCGGGGUGGUGAGCUCGAUAGCUACGGCGUAGCAGGUAACAGGCUAGGCAAGCCUAAAAAGCAGCCAGCAAGCGAGGCGUGCCAGCUGAGCAGCUAGCAGGCUAGGCGUGCCUACUGAGCAGCUAGCAAGCCAGCUAAUAUGGCCAAUCCGCCACCUAACUACGGAAGCAAGCACCUAGCGGACCCGCUAUGUAUGGCGAAGCUUCUAGCAGGCUAGCUACGGGCAGGGGGUAAGUGUGCUAGCAGGCUAGCUAGCUAUAGCCAAGCAGCUAGCAGGCUAGUUUUGGCGGCGCACUUCUUAGCAGGUUAGCUUUGGCUAAGCACUUAGCAGGCUAGCCAUGGCUAAGGAGCACCUAGCAGGCUAGCUACGUCGAGCCUAGGCAGCUAGCUACGCUCGUGCAAGCUGUAAGCCAGCAAGUUAGCUAGGGCGCGGGGCCCUUAAGGGAGAGAAGGCCCUAAAGGGAGGGCCUUUAAGCAAGGUCUUACUUUUAGCCCAAGUCUAUCACAGAGCUGACUUAAGGAAGCUCUUUAAGAGGUUUUUUGUCCUUUAUAGAAAUUCUCUCAUAGCUUUACUUUUUAUAAUAGCAAAUCCUUAAGAAUUUUCGUUUCCGUAAGGGAGCCUCCUCAUGAGGGCUCCUUAACUUCCUUAAGGGACGCUCUUAAGAAAUUCAGACUAAUUGGCAGGCCUAUGAGGACAACUGAUAUUGUAAUACAAUACUAAGAAUAACUCCCCAGGACAUUAUCGAGAGGUGCGCCCCGGGUAGGAGGCGGAGAGAGAGAACCAUCGCGCGGGGCUGCGGUGGCGCAAACGCCACCGGGCUCCCCGUCCCCGGUUGAAAGUAACGCAAAAGCGCCCGGGCUGUUGCUUGUGUGCUGGUGUUCGGUUCUUCUGUGUCUACGUCUAGCCCGUUCAGAAUGAUCCCGAGCACCGCCCAAACGCCUGGCGGCUCUACGGUCACGCGGGUGAUGUGGGUGCUCUACCGCUUUCAGCUGAUUGCCGUUUGUUGGUUGUCGUGGUUUUCGUGCCUACCUUGUCCAGAAUGAUCCGGAGCACUACCCAAACGCCUGACGGGUUUACCGCUGCGCGGGUGCGUCUGGUUUUUCACACUUCUCGGCCGUCACUUAGUUCCUUGGCCGGCGUCCUUUUUGUAUGUUGUUCAGAGUUCAGCUUUGGCCCUUCAGCUUCGAGCUUUCAAGCGGCUUGCGGCUUUCGGUUCAGCCUUGGGCCUUCAGCUUUGGGCUGUCAGGUGUGAGCUUUCAGCUUGACGCUUGAGGGCUCAGGGCUAACCAAUUCCCAGGCCUCUUUCAAUUUUUUCAGUUUGUUUAUUCAGGCCGCGGGGGCUUUGGCUUUGUUAUAUUAUCGCGUAGCUUUUGAAGCGUGCGACUUAGUGCCCAUCUGCGUGAAGUCAGGGCUAACCCCUUCCCGCGCCUUCUUUUCAAUUUUUUGGGUUCGAAUUCUAUAUCUAUAAGCUUCGGCUCUAUCGCGUAGGUUUUAACUUUCACACACAUCUGCGCGAGGUCAGGCCUAACCAAUUCCCAAGCCUCGCGCGCAGGCUCAUAAGCUUGCAAGCCCAUAGGCUGUUCAUAAGUGCUGGCGCCGAUGCUGAUGGUGAUGGGGAUGGAGGUGAUGCAGGCCCGCCGAUCGGGUGGGGUGGGGUGCGUAGGCUCCUAAGUUCACAGGCGCAGGCCCAUAGGCUCAGAACUUCGGAAAGUUUGGGAAGUUUGGAAGGCUUCGAAAGUUCGGGACGGUUCGGAAAGGCUGGAAACAAAGUCAGCAAAGUUCGGAAAGUUGGGAAAAUUGGGGAAGCCCAGAAAGCUGGGAAGGCUGGGGAAGUUGCGAACUGUUCGGAAAAGUUUGGAAGAGUUCGGAAAAGUUCGGAGAAAGGUUGGAAAAAGUUCGGAAAAAGUUGGGGACGUUGGGGAAAGGUGCGAAAAGCUGCGGAAAGCUGGGGGAAGUUGCGAAAAGUUGGGAGACAAAAGCUGGGAAAAGUUGCGAAACGUUGAGGAAGGUCGCGAAAUAAAAGCUGCGAAGCCAGCGCUGUGAUGAAAAGUCUCGAAAAGUUGCGAGGUGAAAGCCGUGAAAAGUUGAGAAAAGGCGCAGAAAGGUGGGAGAAGCUAGUAAAAGUUGGGAAAAGCUUGGAAGAACUGGGAGAAGCUGGGAAAAGUGGGGAAAAUUUGGAGAGCUUGGAGAGUUUGGGAAGUUAGAGAAGCGGCGAAAAGUUGGAAAAAGGUUGGGAGAAGCUGGGGAAAGUUGGGAAAAGCUGGGAAAAGUUGGGAGAGUUGGGGAGGCUGAGAAAGUAGGAGAGAGCUGGGAGAAGUUGGGGAACGUCUGGAAGGCUUGGGAGCUGGGGAGGCUGUGAAAGCUGGGGAAAAUUGGGAAAGUUUGGAAAGUUCGAGAAGUUGUGAAAAGUUGGAAAAGUAAAAGGCUGGGAAAAGUUGGGGAAAGUUGGGAGAAGAUGGGGAGAGCUGGGAAAAGUUGGGGGAGCUGGGGACGCUUGGGAAGUCUGGGAAGCUUGGAAGCGGAGAGAGUUGGAAAAAGUUGGAAAGAGCUGGAAAAAGCUGGAAAAAGCUGGGAGAAGCUGGGAAAGUGUGGAAAGCUUGGAAGCUUCGGGAAGCUUGGGAGUUUCGGAAAGCUUGGAAAGCCUGGGAAGUUAGAGGAGCUGCGAAAAGGCCGGAAAAAGCUGGGCAAAGUUGGGAAAUGUGUGAAAAGUUGGGAAAAAAGUUGGGAAAAGUGGGGACAGUUCGGAAAGUUGGGAAAAGUCGGGAAAAGUUGCCAAAAGUUGGGAAGAGCUGGGAAAAGCUGGGAGGAGUUGGGAAAAGUUGGGAAAAGUGAGGGAGAACUGGAAGAAGUUCGGGAAAGCUGGAAGGAGUUAGGGGAAGCUGUAAGAAGACUGGGGAAAGCUGGAAGAAGUUAGGGAAAGCUGGGAGAAGCUUGAAAAGUUAGGAAGAGCCGGGAAAAGUUGGGAAGAGCUGGGAAAAGUCGGGAGGAGUCGGGAAAAGUUCUUGGGAGAAGCUGGGAAAUAAAAGCUGGGAAAAGUUGGGAAAAGCUGGGAGAAGCUGGGAAAAGUUGGGAAGAGCUGGGAAAAGUUUGGAAAAGUUGGGGGAAGCUGGGAAAAGUGCUGGGGGAGAGCUGGAAGAAGUUAGGGAAAGCUGGAAGGAGUUAGCGAAAGCGGUAAGAGGCUAGGGAAAUCUGGAAGAAGUUAGGGAAAGCUGGAAGAAACUUCAAAAGUUGGGAGAAGUUGGGAAAAGCUGGGAAAAGCUGGGAGAAGUUGGGAAAAGUUGGGAAGAGCUGGGAAAAGUUGGGGGAAGCUGGGAAAAGUGCUGGGGGAGAGCUGGAAAAAGCUAGGGAAAGCUGGGAGAAGUUAGGGAAAGCGGGAAGAAGUUAGGGAAAGCCAGAAGAAGUGCUGGGGGAAAGCCAGAAGAAGUUGGGGAAAGCUGGAAGAAGUUAGGGGAAGCUGGAAGAAGUUUGGGAAAGCUGGAAGAAGCUUGAAAAGCUGGGAAGAGUUGGCUAGGGAAAGCUGGAAGAAGCUUGAGAAGCUGGGAAGAGUUGGGAAAAGUUGGGAAAGUUGGGAAGGCUUGGAAGUCCAUGAGCCAGAAGCGGAAGGCUGAGAGCUUGGGGGGGGUGCUGUCGUUUGUGUCUUCUGCCGUUGUUGUUUUCGUGUGGUGUGUUGUGCUCUCUUUGCUUUUUUCGUGUGCUCUGUUUGCUUUGCUUUUUUCGCGGGUCGGUUGUGCUUUGCUUUUUUUGUGUGUUGUGCUUUGCUUUUUUCGUGUGCUGUGCUUUGCUCUUUUUUUGUGUUGUGCUUUGCUUCUUUCGCGUGUUGUGCUUUGCUUUUUUUGUGUGCUGUGCUUUGCUUUUUUUUCGUGUUGUGCUUUCCUUUUUUUUCGUGCUCGUGCUGUGCUUUGCUUUUUUUUUGUGUUGUGCUUUGCUUUUUUUCUGUGCUGUGCUUUGCUUUUUUUUUUGUGCUGUGCUUUGCUUUUUGUGUGUGCUGUGCUUUGCUUUUUUUUUUGUGCUGUGCUUUGCUUUUUUUUUGUGUUGUGCUUUGCUUUUUUUUUGUGCUGUGCUGCAGUUUCUUUUUUUGGCCUGAAGUGUUUAGUUUAGAUAUACAAGUCGCGGCUUUGUCGUUGGGAUUUCUAACAAGUAAGGCCCGCAAGAUGAAAAAAAGCAAAAAAUCUGAGCCAUGAAAAGAGCGGCCGCUGGUCGGUGUGGUGGUGUGUUGUGGGUGUGGUGGUGUGUUGUGCUUGUGGGUGUGGUGGUGUGUUGUGGGUGUGGUGGUGUGUUGUGGGUGAGGUGGUGUGUGGUGGUGUGUUGUGGGUGUGGUGGUGCGUUGUGGGUGUGGUGGUGUGUUGUGGGUGUGGUGGUGUGUUGUGGGUGUGGUGGUGUGUUGUGGGUGGGGUGGUGUGUUGUGGGUGUCAUGGUGGUGCGUUGUGGGUGUCGUGGUGGUGUGUUGUGGGUGUCGUGGUGGUGUGUUGUGGGUGUCGUGGUGGUGUGUUGUGGGUGUCGUGGUGGUGUGUUGUGGGUGUCGUGGUGGUGUGUUGUGGGUGUCGUGGUGGUGUGUUGUGGGUGUCGUGGUGGUGUGUUGUGGGUGUCGUGGUGGUGUGUUGUGGGUGUCGUGGUGGUGUGUUGUGGGUGUCGUGGUGGUGUGUUGUGGGUGUCGUGGUGGUGUGUUGUGGGUGUCGUGGUGGUGUGUUGUGGGUGUCGUGGUGGUGUGUUGUGGGUGUCGUGGUGGUGUGUUGUGGGUGUCGUGGUGGUGUGUUGUGGGUGUCGUGGUGGUGUGUUGUGGGUGUCGUGGUGGUGUGUUGUGGGUGUCGUGGUGGUGUGUUGUGGGUGUCGUGGUGGUGUGUUGUGGGUGUCGUGGUGGUGUGUUGUGGGUGUCGUGGUGGUGUGUUGUGGGUGUCGUGGUGGUGUGUUGUGGGUGUCGUGGUGGUGUGUUGUGGGUGUCGUGGUGGUGUGUUGUGGGUGUCGUGGUGGUGUGUUGUGGGUGUCGUGGUGGUGUGUUGUGGGUGUCGUGGUGGUGUGUUGUGGGUGUCGUGGUGGUGUGUUGUGGGUGUCGUGGUGGUGUGUUGUGGGUGUGGUGGUGUGUUGUGGGUGUGGUGGUGUGUUUUGGGUGUGGUGGUGUGUUGUGGGUGUGGUGGUGUGUGGGUGUGGUGGUGUGUGGCUGUGGUGGUGUGUGGCUGUGGUGGUGUGUGGCUGUGGUGGUGUGUGGCUGGGUGUGGUGGUUUGUGGGCGUGGGUGCGGUGGUGUGAGUUGCGCUUUCUGGAAAGGCUGGGACCUCUCGGAAGUUUUGGGGCUUUUUCUUUGGAAGGCUUGGGGCUUUUUGGAAGGUUUGGGACUUUUUGGAAAGUUUGGGACUUUUAUUUGGAAAGUUUGGGACUUUUUGAAUAGAUUGGGACCUUUUGGAAAGUUUGGGACUUUUUGGGAAGUUUGGGACUUUUUGGAAUGUUUGGGACUUUUUGGAAAGUUUGGGACUUUUUGGAAAGUUUGGGACUUUUUGGAAGGUUUGGGACUUUUUGGAAAGUUUGGGACUUUGGAGGGUUUUGGACUGGGACUCUUUGGAAGGUUUGGGACUUUUUGGAAAGUUUGGGACUUUUUGGAAGGCUUCGGACCCUUCCUCUUUGGAAGGUUUCGGACUUUUUGGAAAGUUUGGGACAUUUUGGAAGGCUUGGGACUUUUUGAAAAGAUUUGGACUCUGUGGAAGGCUUCGAACUUUUUGGAAAGUUUGGGACUUUUUGGAGAGUUUGGAACUUUUUGAAAAUUUUGGGCCUCAUUUUUGGAAGGUUUGGUACUUCUUGGAAGGUUUGCGCGUUUUGGAGUUCGUGCCUUGAGGAGGCUGUUCCAGGCGUCUGGUUUGUUUGAGAUGGGCGCUUCUGGUUUGUUUGAGCUGGGUGCGCCUGGUUUUUUUGAGAUGGGCCCGGGUGGAGGAGGACAGGGACGGAGCCAGAUAGACUACGCCUUGGCCAACAGGACGGCGGCGGAAAGGGUGAGAAAAGUUGGCAUGAGCUCGAGGAAACUGGGCUACACCAUAAAGGAAGAAGAGGAGAAGAAGGGCCGCCGCCCCGUGCUGGUUACCAUCGGCCUGGGCUCCCUGAGAAACAGGGAAAACGGAAAGAGCUGGGGAACGUCGAGGCGAUCCGGUACGACAGGGAGAGGGUGCGGGAAAUGGCACGGCACCAGAGGGAAAUGCUGAGGCCCUCGAAGUACGGGCUGGAGCAGCGAGAAAAGUGGGACCGACACGCUGCGGCACAAGAUUGGACAAAGGCAGCAAAAACCGAAGAGAAAAGGAGAAACGGAGGAACAAGAAGAGAGGGCAGCAAAGAAGGAGCGGAAACAAGAGGAGCCGGGGGAAGCGGACAAGGGGGGCGCACGCACCCAAACACCGGCAGAGAAGCGGAGGCAGAUAAGGGCUGCGAAUGUGUGCAACUGGACGCCUAGAAAGCCCAGGAGUGCACUGAAGAAAAUGCAACAAGGAAAGAAGACCGCGGAGAGGUCUGGCGAUGCUGGAUGGAUAUGGAAGCGACUAGCCAAAAGGGUACACGCGAGGGAACAGGGAAAAAAAUGGAGGGGCAUGCAGGCUCUCCGCGAAGCUAGGAGGGUAGUCGAAGGUAGAAUAGAGGACGUCCUCCAGAAGUGGGACAAAAUAGGGGACAGAGAAAGGGCGAAGACGCUUCGCGCACUAGCAGAAGAUAGAAGAGGCGGCAAGGGUGGAUCGGUGGAAAGAGCUCAAGAAAGUAGCGGGCAAUGCCAGAGAGUUCGAGGACAUUGAAGCAGAAAGCGAAAGGGCCAAAGAGCUCGAAGAGGUAAUGGCCUGGACGAGUCGGAUUUCCCUGGACGCCUAUAGGGCCUUCCAAGGGCGUGAAACCUGCGGAAAAGAGGACGGGGAGAAAGACGCCCGCCUCUCCCGCAUAAUGGCAGACGGGAGGCUCAGACGGCUCAAAGCGCCUGAGGAGCAGGCAAGGGACCAGAAGGAAGAGAACAGCCUGAAAGAAUGGAAAAGAGGCAAGGACCAGGCGCAGACUGAAGGAGGGCUCGCGCCCCCGGUAGUCUGGGAAGAACUCUCCCAGCGGGUGAAAGCCAUAACCGAGGCAAGCAUCCCAAAGGGGGGGGGAAGGCCGGGCGCGGUGGCGUGAUAGUAAAAGACGGGAAGAGAAAAGAGACCGGGAACGAGCUGGAGAAGCUCCGGCGCGAACGGAUUAAAGCAACAAAGGAAGGGAAAAAAGCGGGCGCUGCACUGGCGCACCUUUUGAGGAAAUACCACGAGGGGAAGACGAAGGCGACCGCAUGGCGGUGCCGGCGAGAAGGCGAGCAGAAAACAGAGGAAAAGAAAAAGGGGACUGGUAAGCCCCCGGACGAGGAGCAAGAAGAGCAGGAGAGGAACGAGGUAAGCAGCGCGCUAGGGCAAAAGCUGAAAGAAAUCGCGGCCAGGCAUCGCAACCUGCGCAAACAAGAGGAGGACUUGACGGGGGAGGUAGAAGGACUAGAAAGGGAAGCGAAGGCCGCGGGGUGGAAGGACAGAAUCAGGAACCUCGCCAGAGGAAGCAGGACCGACCAGGUCAGGCAGCUCUAUGAAGUGGCGCGGCAACACAAAGGGACAAGCCGAGGAGGGAAGAAGAACACCGAAGGCAGUGGCAUCAGGGUAGCCGACCGCGAUGGGAAACACAAAGGAACCGCCAGGACGGACAGCGAGAUCGCUGACGCCUUCCGCGAGAGAAUAAAGGAGCCCUGGAGCAUCGCUGAAGAAGAGGAUAAGGACACCGACGAAAAAUGGAACAAGACCAAGGAAGAAGCGGAGCCGGGAAGGUGGUCGGUCAAAAUAGGCGAGAAGCUCCGGAGUGCGUUAAAAGUAGUGGGCGUCAAUGGGCUGCCAUGGCAGGCGUAUAGGGAGGCAAUUGAACAAGCCAAGUUCGCGAAAGCGGCGGGGCCGGAUGGAGUCAUCGGGGAAAUCUUCAAGCUGGACCCUGUGAACUGGGCGAAGGUUCUGAAGGAGAUAGACGAAGCGAGCGGGGCUAAGAAGUUGCAAACAGGAUGGGUGGCAUGGGCAUGGCUGUACAAAGGGAAGGGAAGCAAAGUUGGGAGAAUAAACUACAGGCCAGUCGCCGCCCUGCAUGUUGCGCGCAAGAUAAUACGCAACGCGCACAAGCGCCAGCGCGAAGGAAUCAUAAGAGACACCAUGGGGAGGGUCCGGCGGUAUGGUUUCCAGGCCCGAAUGGGAUGCAGGGACUACCCCCUCGACGUCAGGGAACUCAUAGAGGCAGACGAGACGCCAGGCCUCGCCCUUGCGCUGUGUGAUCUAGGUAAAGCCUUCGACCGGGCGAGAAGGGGCAAGCUCUGGAGGAUCAUGCUGGAGCUAGGUGCUCCAGCAGGAUACGUCGAGAAGGUGAGGAAUUUACACAGAAAGACGCGAACGGUGUCGCAGACGCAGUGGGGAAAACACCGAGCAGAAGAGACAACAAUCGCCCUCGGAGUGUAUCAGGGGUCGCCAGUAUCCCCCUGCCUCUUCAUCAUCUACACGCUUGCGAUGAGUGAAGAAAUCGAGCGAAGACGAGAGGGGGAAGGAUUGAGGGGAGUAGAAGUGACCAAGCCAGCGAACGCGACCGAGGAACCGCGAAGAGGUUGGCAGAGCAGCCAGCGCAAAUGGAAGCCAAGGGUGAAGAAAUGGGGCAACCCGGCCCCCGAAGAGAGACAGCCGCGCAGAGGGGUGGCCCUGGAGCACCCAAGCGCGCGAGGGGCUGACAGGGACACAGACAGGGCCUUCAGCCUCACCGUGUACGCUGAAGACACAAGCACACUGGGGCACACGGUGGAGAGGACAGUCCGGGCGGUGGAGAUCUUCGAGGAAGUAGGGCAGGACUGCCGCAUGAUAGUGAACAAGUCAAAGACAGAGACUCUCACGAGGGAGAAACUGACCCACCAGGAGAGGAGGGCCCUAAGUGAGAGACUGGGGAGCAGCGACUUCGAGGCAGAAGGGACGGACCUGAUUAAAAGAAGCGGGCGGCUAGUUGGGGACAUCAUAAGCAUGCGUCUACGGCGCCACGCGGCCGGAGGUGGCUGACAAGGCCAAAAAGGUCGCGAGGAUGAUCAGCCCGCUCCUAAGACAUGAGGACAUCGAUCAACAUGACAGAGAGACGCUAGUCGAAGCCCCGGUGGGCACCGUCUUACUCUACUACGGGCUCGACACGUCCAAACUGUCAGGCCAUGACAUGGAGCAGAUACAGCAAAUCCAGACCAAGGCCAAGCUGGUCUGGGUCGUGGCGGACCCGAAGGAAGAGAAGAGACUCGGAGAGACUUGGGGAAGGAAGGGGGCGGCCUUACCGCUCACGGAUAUGACAAAGGAGGAGAUCCACGCAGCGCGCAGAAUGGUGGAGAAGGGGCAGCGCCUGCCGCAGGAGGAGGUAGACAGGAGAGCCCGCCUACCCACGGCUCGGAGCAAGUGGGAACGCCAAAGGCUGCUGGCAAUCGUCGACAGAUACAGGGAGGAAAAGUGGGGCGGAAGGCUCUGCCCGGGGAUGACCCUCAAAGAAAGCCAACGAAGGGCCGAACACAAUGCCCGCCAGGAGAGUCAGACUAGGAGAAAGGGACAACACGGAGGCGGAGACGAGAUAUUGAUAUGGAAGCAAUUCAAGGGAGAUAUGGAAGCAAUUCAAGGAGAUUCAGCGAGAAAAUAGAAGUGACGCGGGACCUUGAGCAGCUGGAAGAGACGCCACGCGUACAGACCUGGGUGGAGCGGCUGGGAAUGGCAGACGUGUGGAACCUCGUGACACGCUGCCCGCAGUCGAUCCACUGGCGGGAACUAUGGAACGCGGCGACGAGAGUUCUGCACAACACCAGAAGAGGAGAACGAGAGGGCAGGGACUGGACGACGUGCAAGCACUGCGGGCAGAAAGGCUCUAAAGGCCCAAAGGGCUUAGUGGCGCACUGGGUAAGGACGGCAAAAAACUGGAAGGAGGGAGAACGCGCAAGCUGUGGCUACCAGGCUGCAAGCGAAAGGGAGCGAGAAUGGAAGAAGGACCGCGGGGACAUGAUGGACGCCGGGGACCUGCAGAGGCUCUCGCAUUUCCAGGAAACAUACCUGGAGGAGGCAGGACUCAGCCCCGGGGACGUGAAAGAGGUGGCGGGCAUAUCGCUGAAAGGAAAAAAGUGGCCGUACGUAGGAAGCGGGACACACAUCCAAGACAAGCAAGAUGCAGGAGAGCUCCUCAAACUUGUGGAAGACUGGGAACACUAUGAGCAGACAGGGGAAACCAUCGACCAAGACAACCGGCGAGAGUGCCCCUGGGGGGGUGAAGAAAUGCCAGGGGGCACAGUCGGACACUCGCCGAUGCGGUAUGUGCCAGGUGAUGCACGGCACAGGCCAGGCGCGCCAAAAGUGGCUAGAACAGGCCAAAAGGGUAAGAAAGGACGAGAAAAGGUAGGAGGCAUACGAUACCACGGGGCCAAGCGAAUGCGCUGGGACCCGAUGACAAAGGUAAAGACAUGCCCACACAAAGAGAAGGCGCGUGGCUGGCCGGUGGAGGAGCCGGGAAAAUGGUGCGAAGGGUGUAAAAGAAUAGAGGGAGGAGAAACCUGGGCCACCCACUGCAGGGAAGUAGAGGAGAAAAAAAGAAGGAGGACCCUGCGGGAAAGGAGCAGGAGGAAAAAGCCAAGGCCCAGAGAAAAAGACAGAGGGAAGAGGAGCAGGACGAUAGGGCAAAAAGAGAGGCCCAACGCAAAACCCAAAAGAGAGAGGUAGAGGCAGAGGAAAAGAGAAGGGAAGGAAAAAAGAGACCCGCGGGCAAACCGCUGGAGGGACUCAGGGAAGGGAAGAAGCCAAAAAAGCCUCCAGGAGCGGAAAAGGCUGGAGGAGAAAAGCGGCCAGCGGGGGAGCCGCUGAUAGACCUCAGAAAAGGGAAGAAGGGGAAGAAGCAGCCAGGAGACCAAGAGGAGGAGAAGGGCAACGCCCUCAAGAAAAGGGGAGCACAGAGCAGCCCCACAGAAGUGAAGAGGAAGCGGCAACGAGAACAAAGAACAAGGCCGAAAGAGAGGGAAGGAGCCAGCACAGAAGUGAAGAAAAAAGAAGAGGAAGGGCGGAGACCUGGCAAAGGGACCGCCGGACGAAAUGAGGCCAGAAAGACCACGAAGGGAACAGGACAGCAAAAAAAACGGCCGAAAGGACGGGGCCGCUUAAGGGGAGGCCCCCUGAUGAAGGGGGAGGCAGUGCAGGAGGGCAAGAGCAAGCGAAGCGGGCUCCCCUCGCCUCCUUGGGGUCCCCCGGAGAGGUGGCGGGCGUGGGUCUGGCCUCUCUCUGCGGGGUCGAGUAGGGGCGACCUCUUAUCUUAAAGAGGGCGGCCCUCUUAGGUAAAACGACUGCGGGGAUAAGAUGGCAUCGCGCCCCACCCGGUCGGUGGGCUUGCAUCAUCGUCGUCAUUUUUGAGAUGGGCGCGUCUGGUUUGUUUGAGAUGGGCGCGUCUGGUUUGUUUGAGGUGGGUGAAAGUUUGGGACUUUUUGGAGCGUUUGAGACUUUUUGAAAAGAUUGAGACCGUUUGAAAAGUUUGGGACUUUUUGGAAAGUUUGGGACUUUUUGGAAAGUUUGGGACUUUUUGGAAAGUUUGGGACUUUUGGGAAGGUUUGGCACUUUUUGGAAAGAAAGUCUGGAGCCUUUUGGAAAGUUUGGGACUUUUUGGAACGUUUGGGACCCUUUGGAACGUUUGGAACUUUUUGGAAAGUUUGGGACUUUUUGGAAAGUUUGGGACUUUUCCUUUUUUAAACGUUUGGGACUUUUUGGAGCGUUUGGGACCCGCCGGGAAGUUUGGGACUUUUUGGGAAGUUUGGAACUCUUUGAAAAGAUUGGGACCUCUUAGAAGGUUUCGGACUUUUUGGAAAGUUUGGGACUUUUUGGAAAGUUUGGGACUUUUUGGAGGGUUUGGGACUCUUUUAAAGUUUUGGGACUUUUUGCGAGGUUUGGGACUUUUUGCAAAGUUUGGAACCUUUUGGAAGGCUUGGGGCUUUGGAAUGUUUGGGACUUUUUGGAGCGUUUGGAACUUUUUGGAAAGUUUGGGACUCUUUGGAAAGUUUUGGACACCCCACGAAGCCUGUUCUAGAAAGGCUUGGAAGGUUUGGGACUUUUUGGAAAGUUUGGGACUUUUUGGAAGGUUUCUUGGGACUUUUUGGAAGGUUUGGAACCUUUUGGAGAGUUUGGGGCUUGGAACUUUUUGGAAAGUUUUGGGCCCUUUUGGAAAUUUCUAGAAAGGCUCGGAAGGCUUGGGACUUUUUGGAAAGUUUGGGACUUUUUGCAAGGUUUGGGACUUUUUGGAAGGUUUGGAACCUUUUGGAAAGUUUGGGACUUGGAACUUUUUGGACUUUUUGGAAAGUUUUAGGCCCUUAUGGAGAUUCUGGGUCUUUUUGGAAAGUUUUGGACUUUUUGGCGCGACUUUUUGGAAGGCUUGGGACUCUUUGGAAAUUUUGGGACUUUUUUGAAAUUUUGGGACUUUUUGGGAGGUUUGGGCCUCUUUGGAAGGUUUGGAACCUCUUGGAAAGUUUGGGACUUUUUUGGGGUGACUUUUUGGGAGGCUUGGGAAUUUUUGGAAAUUUUGGGACUUUUUGGAAAUUUUGGGACUUUUUGGAAAUUUUGGGACUUUUUGGAAGGCUUGGGACUUUUUGGAAAGUUUGGAACCUUUAGGAAAGUUUGGGACUUUUUGGAACGUUUAGAACUUUUUGGAAAGUUUGGGCUUUUUUGGAAAGUUUUGGCCAUCCCGGAUAACCUGUUCUGGAAAGGCUGUCCCAGAAGUCUUGUUCUGGGUACGUAGAGGGAAACUUUCCCCUGUCUAAGUAAUAAAUACUAUAUGCGCUAAAUAUUAAGUAGGGCUCCGGGGUUUUUUUAUCUCUAUCUCAUAUCAUUUGCGUUAUAAUACUUAUACAGGCCAAGUAGUACCUGAGUGGUCUUGUAGCUUUUCAAACUUAGAGUAGCGCUGACAGUCCAGCAAUAAGCGAGACUAGAGGGUAGAAGUCGCCAGGGAAAUCGUCGGCAGGUUGCUGAUUGGAUUCACGUCAUCAAGCUGGCUAGGCUAGGCCACUGCCCACUGAGCUGGGGGCUGCUGGGGGUUUCGAGUGGCGGGCGUGGUCGGAAGCUUGUGGGGCUGAGGCCCUGAGCGAGGCGGCUCGGGUUCUACUGGGCAAAGCCACCAGUGGCCCCAUUUUGGCCCUCUUGUUACUGGGCCAGAAGACUUAUAUAGAACGGGAAGCCAUGCCGGCGACAGCGUGCCCCCGGGGCUACCUCAGGGCCGCGGUCGAUGGCGCGCCUGCUGCCUAUUAUUCUUCAAGGCUAUUGGGUUUGGGUCCGCCGUCUUUCAGGUUCGCCCCCUUGGGUUGAUCCAAUUCGCCGAAAGUGACUCCUUCAGCCUCUUCAUUCCGCAUGUUUUUCUGGCUGUCUCUCCGUCGGUCCGUCUCUGUAGCCCUCGACCCCGCGGCAUCGCCUCCCACCUCCUUUGGCUAGUGUGCAGCUUCAGACGCUCAAAAAGUAAAAACGCAGGGCGUUUUUCAAAGCGUAGGCUUUUGAGAUUAGGUAAAGACGCUCUCUCUUUGAAGGGACACCUGAAAAGCUUGGCAGCGUCAGAGAGGUGUCUGCGACGGUCACGUCGGUAUGUGUCUCACGUGGUGCGACCUGUCGACGGCGUUGCUCCAUGCAUAGCGUGGGCAUGCGCGUAGACUUUGCACUCCUUAGAUACCUACACCACGGAUAGACUCUGUUAUUGAGUUUUUCGGUGGGAUUCUAUUAAAAAGCAGCAAGCGUCACUACUACUAGAAGUCGUGGCGCUAAGCAUGUCCUCAGCUAUUUGCGAGGAGCUCAGCUUCCCCGAGUUGUCAACUUAGCCUCUGCGCCAUUUUCUGGACGCAUCUAAAGUUCUUUCCGCAGCGGUGGGCGCAAGCAGUUAAGACCGGAAGGAGUCUUAAGCCAAAACAUAGACUUAGACCCUAUCCUCGACGCGGCUUCUGUAGCAUUUUCUUCUUGGUUUUUAUUUACUGAAGACGUAGGUAGUACUUUGUUUUGCUACUCGACCAGGUCAGUUUGAAUACCCUCAAGAUUGAAAAUCGAAAUUAUAACACAGUGUGAGGUCUUGUACUUGGUGUCGCGGCAUUUUGCUCUAUGUUUUCGCCCCUGACCCAAAGGCGCAGCGAGCUGUAGGCCUGAAGGGGACGCGCGGUGGACCUUAGUUGAGGGGCCAGGCGGGCCGAGGGCCCUCUUUGGGCCCCUGGCUGAGUCAGGCACAAGAGGAGGAGUGCCGAGCGUGGAUCUUUUCGGCUGCUAUAUCAGGCACAGGAGGUAGCCUCCUGGCCAAAAGGCAGGGGGGGCGGCGUUGAUUUUCGGCUUCCUACUCCUAGAUCGCUUGGCACCAUCAUCGGCGCCGCCGUCAAUCUCUGCCAUUUGGCCAGCGGCUUGAAGGUGGAAGUGGAACAGCGCAGAUUCUUGGUGAUGUCGGUCUGCUGCGAAGCUUGACCACGGACGGCGCAGGGGGUCCGUCAGGCCUGGGGGUGUCGGUUGGUUUGCUUUGGAUUAUUUCGGACGUGACCCAAGCACAGGGGGCGGAGUGUGCUUGGCUUCUAGCAUUGGUGUGGCUGGCUCUUCUUUGGUGUUUGUCUUGCGGUCGCCGGCCGCUGGAUCGGGGGCCCGAUUUGGUGUAGUGGGUUCGUUCUCACGCUCAGCGCAUGGUGCUCGCGAUGUGUGCGGUGCUUCUUGGCGUGGGUGUUUCGGUGUCGUGGUUUCUGUCAUCUUUCCCCGUGCCUGCUCGGUGAUGUCUUUGCCUGCAGACAAGUGAAGGGCAACGCGUCUGCCCGCCUCGCCAGUGAGAAGCAGGGCGCGACCGUGUCGUCCCUUACUGGUUUCGGCCGCCUUUUCUUGUUUGUCUUUGUUCCUCGCGUGUAGAUGUAGCGGGCUUUGCUAUUGUGUGGGCACUCUCCAUGCGUGCGCCCGCGCUGUACUGACGCGGCGUCUGUGGGGGGGUCUUUCUCCUUCGAUGGGUCGUCGUCGUGCUACGAAGUUCGGAGGGUGCCUGAUAUUGGUCAACGCAAGCCGGGCUGCGCCCCUUCUUCCGCCCCAUCCUUGCCUGGGCGUGCCGGUGUGGGCGCCACAUGCUUUCGCCGGGGUAUAGCGUGAAAGCGUCGCGCGCGUCGUCGCAUGCUUCUUGCAGACUUAGUUAGACCCCACACAGCGGCCGCGGAUGUGGUCCGCAGCAAGCUCGCUUGUAGGUCGUUCGCCCCCUUGCAUUGUAGAACACAGACAUGACACAGGACAGAAAGAAGCCCUGCCGCCUUGGCUCUAGUGCGUUGGCUGGUGCAAUCAUGUGCGGCCGCGCUCCAAAAUGUGAUAGGGGCAAGGGCUGGCGUAAGUUGUAGGCGCAGAGAACGCGGGCGCCCUCUCUGCGUUUUGCUUGCUUGUUUUUCUCUCUGAGAUGUACCUUGCGGCUUGGUGCUUCUCUCAAGCUUGCCCAUCCAGUUGAGCCAGAUGGGCUGUUUGAGAUAGCUGGCCGCCUUGUCCAGGCAGCGUCGGACUGUCUCGCGUAGCUUGUCUUAUGCGGGCUGUAAGUUCAGAGCGAAAGCUUGGGGGGCUGGGCUGUUUCGGAUAGCCAGCGAGCCUUCAACGGCUGAGCGGCUUCACUCAGGUGGCCCACCUGCGUUGGCUGGGUUGUUGUGCAUGGGCUGCCCCGCUUGGAGGCGUGUCCGUUUCAAAUAGCUUGCGCUGACGGGGCUUUCAGGUAGGCCGCGCUCGGCAGUUUGUCUCAGGUGCACACUGUCCGGCUCUGCAGUGCCCAUGCGGGGGCGCUAGGGGUAACUUGUUUCGGGCAGGUUGAUUCACAUGAUAGCAAGUUUGCAGCGGCUGGCUCAGGUGGGCUGCCUUUGUUGGGUUGUUUCUUCGCAUGCUGGGCUCCUUGGUCUGGUUUGUUUAAGGUUGGUACUUGGUGGCUUGCGUUGGCUGGGUGUAGGAAGGUAAUUUGAGCUCUUUCGGACAGGUUGCUGCGCCUGGGUUGUUUCGGGUAGGUUGCGAUGGAUGGACUGCUUCAGAGAAGCAAGCCCCGCCAGCUGGGCUGCCUCACAUGGGUGGCCUUUGCUGGGUUGUUUCGGGUAGCCCGUCUUCUCUUGGGCAGUCCCGACCGGGGCUGUCUGCUCAGGUGGCUUGUUUUGGCUGGGUUGUUUCGGAUAGCUUUCCUUGGCUGUGCUGUACUUUUUUGCAGGUGGCUUGGCUGGGUUGUUUCAGACUGGUUUACUCGGCUUGGCUUUUUCGUGCUGGCUGUUCCGUCUUGGCUGUUCUGGUUGGGCUGUUAGUUUCAGGCUGGCUGUCUGUUGCAGAGGCCGCCUUGCUCGGGGUAGGUUGUUCUGGGUUUGCUGCUUCAGGCUGACGGCCUCAGGCUGGCUGUUUCUAGUUGUUUCGGGGUCGUUGUUUCGGGCUGAUUGCUUCGGGCUCGUUGGUUUGGGUGGGUCUCGGUUGCUCGGUGGUGGGUGUUCUUGGCUGGUUGUUCCGAGUUGCUUGGCUAUUCAUUCCACCGGGGCUGUUCUAGCUGGGUUGCUUCAGGAUCAGGAAGGCUGCCUUGGACAGGUUCGGCGCUGCAGAUAGGCUGUCUUGGCUGGGUCGACUGCUUAGGGUCCGCUGGUUGUUCUGGCUGGGUCGUUUCGGGCUGGCUGUUCUGGGCGGGCUGCUGCGGGUAGGCUGUCAUCUUCCUCGGAUUGUUUCGGAUCGGCUUUUCUGGCUGGGUUGUUUCGGAUUCGUGGUUUUUCUGGCUGAGCUGUUUCAGGGGUUGGCUGAAUUGUUUCAGAUGACUUUCUGGAGGUGUUCUUGGCCAUUGAUAGAGCCUCUGCGCGAAAUAUUCAAGGGAAGGCUUUUUUGUAGCUACAGCUAGAGAGGCACGCAAGAAGGAAACCACCGAAAAACAAACACGCGGCCAAACUGCUUGCACAGAUUGGCUUGGCUGCAUCGCUUGGGCCUUGCUUCACAGCUACGUAGAUAGGCGCGCGGCUGUCAUCACGCAAAGACUUACUUAAAAAAGUGGGGGGACAGGUACAGGUUUCCAGGCCUCGCCCGUAAGAUCGAGGCCGCCUUCUAUAGAGGCGCGCGGGGAAACCGAUGGGGGCUGCGUUGCUCCUCGUGGCUCUCCUCGCGAUGUGAGGCGAGCCCGCAUCAGUUUCCGCAUUCUCUUUGCUCCUCGUAUGCCCUCCGCUGGUUGCUGAUUGGCUGAAAAGAGUCCCGACUUUUCAAGGGUUUCAAAGUUGAACACUUGAAAAAGUCGCGGCUUGCUUUGGAUGCCAGGAGACUGCGCGCGCGCGCCUGCUGGCUCCAUGGUCUUGCGGCUCAGCAGCCGAACCGCGAUAAGCCGACGCGGCGCGCGUCUGCUGGCUCCAUGGCCUUGCGGCUUAGACCCGGAUAAGCCGACGCGGCGGGCGCCUGCUGACUCCAUGUCCUUGCGGCUUAGCAGCCGGACCGCGAUAGGGUGACGCGACGGCGCAGGCUUUUGCGCUGGUUCUUGAUUGGUUGAGAAGCCUGACUCUUGAAGAGAGUUCUCAAGCUGGACACUUGAAAAAGCCGCGGCUCUGGAAGCCAGGACCAGGAGACCGCGCGCGCACCUGCUGGCCCCAUGGUCUUACGGCUUCGCAGCCGCACCGCGAGAAGCUGACGCGGCGACGAAGGAGGUUGCCCUGGUUGUUGACUGGUUGGCUGGAAUUCAAUUGAGACUCCCUCAGCCCCUCCAUUGAAAACGGGAGACAUUUGGCCCCCUGUGCUUGUGCCUCUAUAGAGGGCCUCUGGGAGCCUCCAGGCCUCGCCCCCGCGAAUGUGCUAACACUGGGGGCGCCUUCUACAGCCGCAACAGCCCGCAGCAAACCAGCCAGCAGCUUGGGCCUUGUUCUUGGGCAAAUCCAUGCGCAGACCCUGGAUGAAAAGCAAAGGCGAGAGAGAGCCUCCACCCCCACGCACGCAAAAAGUUCGACACUUUUCCCGCGUCAUCUCGACCAGCGUUAAGACCUGCCGCCGGCUUAAAGGCAUCAACAGAGCGCCGCGCGGCCACCUGCCGCAAGCUUCUUGCACUACGUAGGCCUCCAGGCUUGAGCCUGAGGAGGCUUCGGAGAAAUGCCCAGGAAAUUCACAGAAGCAUCAGCAGAAGCCCCCAAGCAUCUUCACUUUUUGCGCCGGAGGUGUUUCGAAGGCCAUUCGCUUAUAAAAUCGCCCCGGAGUUUGUCCUUCGAUUGGCCUCUAAUCUGGCGGGCUGUGUCUUGGGUUGUAGGAGUUGCGGCGUAAGCUCAAGCUGUGGGCGCUGUGCCCUAGGUUGUGGAGGUUGUGGAAGCGCGCUUUUCUACAGACUCGCGCGAAGCAUGUUGCCGCAGCCUCCACCAGGUUCGCCCCGUUGCCAGGUUUCUACCCGAGAACGCAAAAGCAAAAGAACCGCCAGCCACAUGCAAGCACGCAAAGACCCAACCAGAAAAGGGGUGAAGAACCCAAGCACCACAAAAGGAAAGGGAAGGAAAAGGGGGCUGGCCCUGACCCUAGGGGCUGUGCCCCUUCGCUUCAGAGGAGAGCGGGGCGCUGUCCAUGCCGCUGGCUUUCUUCCUGGCCAUCUAAGCCAGCCCCAGUCUGCUUCGAUCGUAAGAAACAAAGAGAAACUUUCUCCAUGCCUAAGCUUCGUGUGGUUUUCUGGCAUCUAUCGGCCCCAACCUCUCCAGAACUCUCUUCGCCUGGCGACGUCGUUUCGGCUGGGGUUUUCUGGCCGAGCAUUUUCAGGUGAUUAUGCCGCCUGCGGUGUAGUUCUGGGAGGUGUGUUGUCUCAGAUUGCCAGUCUGUCCUGGCUGGCUUGCUUCAGAUAGGCGGGCGGCGCUGGCUGGGUUUUUUCACGUGUUAGAUAGGCAGUCUCUUACUUUUGGGUGAGUUGUUGCAGGGACUAUGCUCGCAGGCUAGUCUAUUCUCAGAAUAUUCCAUGGCUUCUGAAGCUGAGCGCCUCGCCCACAUGGCUUGUUGUGCUCUAAUCGUCUGCGCCCCCCAUUUCCAACGGAUUCAGUUCCUCAGCCGCCAAAGCAGUUGCGGAUGCGAGGAGGGAAGUGGCUGAGAUGAGGGCGCAUGCGCCUCCUCCAGGAGAAUCUUCAAGGCCAGAAAGUGAGAAAGAUAGAGCACGAGUUCGAGUCGGAGCAGUGGCGCUGCCCCCUCUACAUCCGUCCACUAUUAUGGCAUGCGUGCCCGAAUAGUUCUAGUAGAAGUCGUGAUAUAGAUUAUAAGACAGAUUUGGUAGUUUGUUGGGCCAUGGCGAGCGUAAGCAUAUCUUUUCAUCAAGCGAUAUGAAAAAUUUUGAUGCAAGAAUCACAGACACGGAGAGAGGCCCUCGAAGGAUUUGCUAUUGCUCGUUGGUUUCCGAAGCCGAUGCUGAUGCGAAGGGCCUGGUAGGUAGGGCGAUGACCCAUUUGGAGUCUAAAGUAAGUAGCUACUUGACCUACAUACUCUCGAACCUGAGAGGCGAAAGGACGCGACCCGGGAGGGCCGGCCACAUGAUAAAACAACGACGCCGGGAGGGGGGGCGUGGCUCGUAGCUGCAUGGCUUGGCCCCACGUCACGGCCCUGCUGCGAGAUGGCUCCGGCUCCGCUUCGGGGUGGGUUGUGAGGAUUCCAUUUUCUCCGUCUCCCGUGUCGCAGCUUCCCUUUCCCCUGUCAGGUUCGUCUGGUUUAACUAGCUAUCUUAAAGGGCAUCUACUCACAUCAGGCACUUGCCGCCGCUGAAAAUUUCGCUCCGCUUUCCUCCUCCCAAGAAAUGCUUAUACAUAAAAAAGUUUUAUACAUAAAAAAGUAUACCCUUACGCUCGCCGAUAAUUAUGCCAGUUGCUGAUAUUUCUCGAACAUCAUCUCUAAAAGCUGAGGCAUUGCGACCAGUAGCGGAGAGCUUGGAGGAGUAAAUCAAGACGAAGCGCAGCGCCAGGAAGUGCUGCCACAUUCUGGACGGAAACGCCUUCCCACCGCUGAUCUUAUGAUAAUGCCAACGCAACUACUUGUAGUUGUACUUUGUCUUUCGUUUUUCGUGUGCAGCCGAAAAAGGUGUUAUUGCUAGCGCGUGGGCGUUUCUCGUUUUGUCUCUUUUUACUGCAACAGGAAGGCGCAUUGAAGUGCGAGGCGUUUGCGCUAUUCUUCUGGAGCGGAUAGGCCUCCUCUUGGCUACGUAAUAUUACAGUAUAUUAGACUACGACCAUCUUACUGCAGGGUUAGUGAAGUCUCAGCUAAACAACCUGCAGGCACAGUCUAUGUCUAGUCCUUUCGGCAUCAAUGUGAUGCAUAGUGGAGGCAGUUCGCCGACAAUGGAUGAUGUCACGCGAUGCAAGACCUCAAGGGCAACACUGAACCCUGCGGAGAGGCAGAUGAGUAGGACGUCGACUUCCAGCUUUUAUUGAUGAAUGCGUCAAGCUGCUAACAUGACUAAUUGUAGAGGUUUAAAGAGUAGACGGGCCCCGCAAUCGAUCGGGGACAGGAGGUGCUGCUUGCAUCUUCUAAAAGUUUUGGAGGCACGCUUGAGAGUGGUGGAAGUGCUGCAGCUGAAAAACUUCAGGGUCGGGACGCGGAUCUGGGGAACUCUGGUGAGCAUUCCUCCUAAGGCAGUGAGUUCGCGUCUUUCGCGUGUCCUAAUGGCCAAACUUCACGGCAUCUCCUAGAUAAUCACGAUUCCGGCGUCUCACUGUCAGUUAGUCUGCAUGUGGUGAGCAAACAGCCACGAUGCUGUGCGCUGUGAGUGCUCCUCGCUCAGAGAAAGACAGUUAUCCGGGGUAGUCCUUCGUGAAGUCAGUAGUGAAAUCGCUCAGAAUAUCAUGGAUUUCCUAAUGAUGUGACGUUAACGGAUAUCUUUUACCGCCACCUAGGGCCUCGGGGAUGUUCUGUUAUUGCACUAGUGGCCGCUCUAACUUCAUCGGCAUGUUGCUACUUUCGUCAGCCUGCGCCUGAAGACUUGAAGUUUGGUUUUAUAGUGCCAAUACUACUGGCGCUUGUUGUAGCUCUAAAAAAUACCGACGCCAGGGCCAACUCUAUCAUCUGACGAGCGAGCAGCUCCUGCAGUAUCAGAGGAAAGCACAGCCGGAUACAAUGUUGAAGACGCUGGCCCUCCAACUUCCGACACUUAAGACGGUGCCUUGUUAUUUAGAUUGACUUCGUGACGAAUAAAAACAAAGUAGCUGACGGAAGAAAAGAACUUCGCUAGCAUGUUGUUAGUACAAACAGUUGUUACUUUCUUUCAUGGAUUCCAGCCAUCCCUCGCAAUUAAGAUUUUGUGCGGCAAUAUGGAUUUACUUCCAGUUCCCGAAGCACGCACUUCUUUCUCCUGAGUUCUCGCUUCCUGAAAGUUUCCCUUGUGGACUUGGAUAUUGAUUCUCUUGUGGACUUCGUCCUUUGCUUGAUAUUUUUCUGGAGCUCGUCCUGAUUGCCCAUAGAUAAGCCUGUGGAUGUAUUUUGCUGUAAGAGCACGUACACGCUGACACCAUUAGCAUCGCUCCCACGCUUGGGAUGAACAUGAACUAGUCUCAUUCUCCUUCAUGUCUGUGUGACUUGGUCAUUUUGCGAGCUGAAACUUUGCAUUUGAUGCCUCUUGGGGCAUCGUGUAUCGUCAUACAACUCCGCUUAUGGUCUUUUGUUGUCGGCUCUAAAAAUCGAGCCCCAAGCCGGCCAGCGCUACACCAGUGCCUGCGACACCGCUACAACCAGAUCUGCGCGAAAAGACACCUGAUCAACCGAAAACAUCAACAAGCGACGAAGGAGCGGGGCCCGACAUGGACAUGAGUAUUUAUGAUGUUCGAUAUACAUCGGCAGUGAGUUGUUGCAAGCAGGAUUCUCACUUGUUCGAUUGCUCCAGAUUCGUUUACUUUUAUAAGACGCUGUUCCAAGAAAAAGGUGACAAGGGUACAGUAGUGCUAGAAGUACUUAGACGAUGGGUUCGUUUUGUAUCUAUAAUCAUAAUAUGAACUGGCGAAUGAAAACACCACGCAACGACAAAUGCCCCGGCUCAGUGACUCUGUGGUCUUUUAUAUGUGUCUUUACAAUUCAUAUGUAAUAUGCUGCGUUGUACAUGUAGUUGCACUGUCAACGUGUGCUAGAGCUAGAGCAUGCCCCAGAGUCAAUUUCGUGAGUAAGAAUGACGACCGAAGCACAGCAGUGCAGGCCUUCUUGACGCGACUAUCUAAGGUUCACUAGGAAGCAUACACAUACUUGCUGCAGCUGCUGCUGUUUCACUAGCGACAGCUCUAAUGCACCGGGAGUCGUGAUGCUCCUCAUGAUACAACAAAGGGGAGCGAUACUGUUCUUGUCCUUCCAAGGGAUGUAGCUGUUGAGGUGGAGAGAUUGGCACGCUUGGCAGAAUCAGAAAAUCCAGAAGCGAAGCUUUUGCUGGACACGGGUCGAGUCAGGACGCUGACGAGGGCCCUCCAAGAAGAGGAGGAAAAGAUAGCGAAGCGAAUUUUUGCAUCCCCUGAAGAUCCUUACGGGGUCUUUUCCAUUUCCACCAUAUAGUUUAGUCAUAGUCCUGCCAAUGAUAAGAUUCCACUUGGCUCUCUAUCUACUUGCUCAACUCUCACGUUCAAUCGCCCUAUGCCUAAGGCAUGUGGGGAAGGCGGAGAGUAAACGAGGGCUGUUGCGUUGUUGGUGUUGUAGUGACUCGUAGUUGAAUGCUUCCGAUGUUGGCCGAGCAGCAGAGCCACGCUUAUCUAGAACUAGGGUUCGUUGAUCACAACUGAAGCUAAUACCCCAAAACAUGGAUAGUCUACGGGUUUUAAUUAUCCGCUGCUCUAAGACUACGCGUCUCGUCUUGACAGCACAACCACAAGUGCGGGUAGAAGUAGUUCAACUCCCCGGGGGGGUCAUGGCACUGAGGAACUCAAGACUGGAACUGAACUAGCCGCUGUAAGCAGUGGCAGGGUCGAGGAUCCUCUACCUAGGCGUGAAGAUGUCGACAAACUUUAAGGUCUCACCCCCAUAAUCAAGUAGACUACAAACUACAACUAAUGUAAGUCUGAAUGUAUAUUCUUGCUCUACUAAGUAGUAAGAACUAGAUGCUGUACAAUGAUACUAGGCAACGUUAGAAUUUUUGAAAAAGAAGGCCUUUUGCGCUAUACUGGCUGCCCAUCUACGUAGCACAAUGGCAACGCAUGCCGCAGUUUACGUUGGUAUAGAGUCAGUGAUACCAGGAGUCCCGCAGGACUAACGCUGUGCAUAAAAUGAAAAUAGUACCACAGCCAUGCAUUAAUUAUGGAACCUACCACAAAGGAGCUACUUCUUAGUGAAGCCACCAUGUGGUAGACCUUGAUCUGCUUAGAAGGGUUAGAUGACUUACUCUUACGGUCGUGUUUUUAAUUUUGUGAUCGAAGAUUAUAAUUACCUUUUUACGUUUAGUAUUUGUAUUUCGCAGUCUGGUGGUGGUGGUGGACGAGCCUAUUUUUCUAUUUCUACAGGAGGUUUUGUCGUCACUGACGAUACAACGAUAAGCUAGCUACAGGAGGUGACGAUACAGUAGCACAGGCUAGACGACUCCAUGUUUUUUUUUACUUUUUUUUGCUUGCUGCUAUGAGCAGCUUUCUUUCUAAUCAACGCAAGAGGUCAGGCACUCCCUCGAAGCCUUGACCGAUGCCAUUCGCCACCUGGAGAAUUCGCUUUAAGGCUUCUCUCACACGUCCAAGUCAGUGCAAACGCCUUCUCAUCCAAUUCAAUAAUCAGAUGAAGAAACGAGAUGAACUCUAGGAAUUCUCUGCCUCCAUGUUAUACAUGUACUAGCAUUCAACAAUUAUAGGGAACGUCACUUACAACUUUGGCCGUUGCAUAGGUCCAAUGAGUUUCAUAGUGUAUAGUCUAAAUUUCAUAUAUUAGACUAUACACUAUGAAACUCAUUGGAUACCCUAGAUUCGCGUAGGUCGUUGUAGUAGAUGUAAUACAUAGGGCUUCAUCUAUUAACUCUAGAUGGUGAUCCUGAUCCAUCCUUCUCUAUGCUCUAAAAGGCACCGAAGGAACCGGAAAAGGGCAGUCUUGAAGAUAUAACAAAAGCGCUUGGUGAGAAACUCAAGACGCUCAUGCCCGACAAGAAUAACGCGGAGAGCGCUAGUCAGGUCCUUCAGAUAUCUAUCGACGCCCUUGAUGUUGAUGCGGACAAUGCGGAUCCCAUCAGCUGGCUGUAAGACUCGGUGCUGGGCAAGAAUGUGUUUACCUGUGCAACAGAUAGAUACUCAUCUUUUCAGACAGUGGGCUGAUUUAUCAGAAACGGAAAAUAGCUUCUGUGUCGCUGUCUGAUUUGCAUUUUUGAGUGACUGACAGCCGAGCGAAGGCCUCGUAAGUAACUACUCACACGCAGAGGAUUUCGCUGCGCUUUUUCAAAGUUUAUUUUCGAUUUUCCAUACUAGUCCUAGUGGCGGAUCUAAUCGACUAAAGCCAUCCAAAUGGAUGCGAAGGAGUGGAUGGAGAGGGAGAGCAAAAAAUCUUAUGAGCAACGCUUCUAUUUAGAGAAAACUGUAAUUGAACACAACCAUAAACACAACCAAGCAGAAGACAGAAGCUGCUCCUCAGUGCCGCGACUCAUGUAGCUAAUACUAGUUUCAUUCAGUCGGUGUCGGCGAAUUUUUAAUUUAAACUAAAAAGAGCCCAAUCCCCUACCCCUACCUCCGCAGCCGCAUACCUAAUCAAAAAUUUUCUGCAUUGUGUGCGUUUCUCGGCCGAAGCGCGACGACCUUCUUUUUCUCGAUGUGGUUAAAAAGUAUUUUGGCCGACUAAGGAAAGACAAACAGACUCCGCUACUACAGCGUAUGAUGUUUCAUGUUUGUUGUUCAUCUCCUUCUCGCAUGAUGUCUGCAUGAAAAUGACCAAUCCACCACUCCAGCCUUUCUGAUUUGUGACAGCGGAAGACCUUACUCUAAUCCAACGGUGAAGCUGGUGCCGACGUCGACGGAAUUUAUGCCUCUUGUCGAAUGUUCGCGCUUCUUAGUCUCUUUUUUCCUGGUGUAGUUGUUACUCAUUUAUUUAUAGAGGAACGGUAACUAUUGUUUCAGCACGGUUUUUUACUCUAUGCGGGAGAACGGGCGCAAGGCUUCUGGUUCUGAUAGUGCCUGCGGGUGCAGUUGGGCAUCCUCAGUGUGUCAACGAAAAACAGUGAACUAGUGCACCUCAACCUCAAGCAGGAUCGAUAGAAGUUAGAGCACCCCAAGUAGGGUCCGUGAGGACGUAUGAACCUCCUAGGCAAAGCCGUCCUACUUUCGUUUUUCAUGUUGAAUACUAAGUCCCUACAUACUGCAUUGCUAGCGCUAACCAAGGGACGCCCAUGAAGCGAUCAGAAGAGCCGCCGAAGCACUAGUUGCAGAGCUCGAGGAAGCCAGCGCUUCUGCUUAUGAACAAUAGAGGGCAGGGGCAGCCUCUUCUUGGCAUAAAACUAGAUGAAGCAGGCCAGGAAGAACAAGGCGCGACGAGCCGUAUUCUUGAGUAGGGUACUGCCCUUUUGCUAGUAAGCAAGUUCUCACUCGUGCUUUUCCCCACUUCUACGCAAAAAAAAGAGUCAAGCGUAGCCAUGUGCACUAGGUGCAAAGUAUGAUGCUCUCUUGAAAUAUAUUCUCCGAUCGUAAACCUAAGCCUGAACCACAACGGGCCUACUUGUAUUUCCUGUCGAGGGUUUGUCACUGACCCAAAUUUAGUUGCACAGUCGCAAAUUAGGUAGUAGAACUUCUGAUGGCGUUUGCCUGCUUUCUUUAUGCAUCACAUCGAGAAUGCUUCUCGUCCGUCUUUGAUAAGUGUGCAAUCCAUUGCCUGAAUCAUGAAGCCAAUUAUGCUGCUGGCCGCAUCUUUUAUAUGUUGGCUUGUUUGCUGCCUAUGCCCCUCGUAUUGGGCCAGUUUAUAGCUGGAGCGCUUCUAAUCGACCAAGAGCGCAGCACUUUACGGCGUGUUCUUUGCGUUUCUUAUCCUUUCGAGAUAUUACCACUACAGGCACCCAGCGGCCCGCGUGCUGCCUGUCACUCUUCUCAAUCAAUUACAGCUUCUGGCGAUCGCGAGUUGUCGAUCUUAUUUGAAGUCUGUGAGCCCUUGUGGCUGUAAGUGAAUUGUAAGCCAAGAGGACGCUCUUUCUUUUUACGCUCUAGCACGGAUUCUCCAUAAACUCAAUGCUUUACAGAAAUGCACUCCCUGCGCUAAUGGAGUGAGAAAAUUCGCGAGGCCGCUAAAGACGCGGCUGCACUCCUCAGCGGCCUACUUUAUGAAGAAAACGCAGCUAGUGAUAGUGGUAGCAGCACUGGGCUAUUAACUAAGCUGCACUUGAUACACAUUACAAAAACGGCAUUUACAUUACGGCUUUUAGGCUACUUCGCACUUUUUUGCCAGUUAUGACGCCAGAGAUCAUUCACAAAAUAGAGGGAGACAGUUGAGGAGGCGGACGCUGGAGACAGGCGCCGCACUCUCUUGGAGCCUUCUGGGGGGUUUGCGGUUGGAGAUGGAGUUCCGCGCCCUCUUGGCGGGGUCGCGUUGGGGUUUUCUAACCUUUUGAAGGGGGAACCCUCGCGAAGAUUAUGGAGGCCGGGGAUAGAUGGAAUCCCGCCCCACCCGAUCGGGGGGCACAUCAAGCCAGGCCAAUUCCCUGAGCCCUGGCCCUCUUGCCUCCGGUUGUAUGUAGAGGUCUGCCGUCGACUGAGUAAGGGGAGGAGCCAGCUAGCGACGGAAAGCGCAUAGCCUAAGAGACAGGCAGAAAAGUUUUGAGUUGGCUGAGGGUGAGUAUAGCCUUUCGUAGAUUCUUAUAAUAGAAAUUCUUUACCUUAGGGGAUGUCAUUUCUUAAAGGAAGCUCCUGAGGGAGGCCUCCUUAAGGUGGAGAGGCCUUGGCCGUAAAAAAACUGCUUACGCUAUGAGUGUUAGGACUCAUAGUGUAAGCAAUUCCCCGGAAAUCCUUAAGAGCCUUCCCAAGCGGCUUCGCUAAGGGAAUGGCACCCCUUAAGCUUAGGGGAUUCUUAUGCAUUUGAGAAAACUCAAACAAGGACAGCAAAAGUCCGGACAGUCUUCGACCUGUCUGGGCAUGAUCAGAAUCAGGAGAACAGCCGCCGCCCAUUGGGCUCUCUCAGUUCUAGGAAAACCCCGGGCACGCUGAAAGCCUCCGCGCCCCUCCAGCAUCCCCUGCCGCCUAUGGUCUUUGACUCUGGAGGGACGCGGGGAAACAAAUGAAACAAAAAGAAAAGACACAAAAACCAACACAAAGCAGGCCACGGGCACCGCUAAGCGGAGCACUUCCACGACUGAAGGGAGACAGUUUGAAUCUCGGCCGUCUUUGUGCAGUGCUUCGCUGACUUAGCGCCAGCGCAAAAAUUCUCUAUAGGUAUAGGCCUUCCUACUUGAGGGCCACCCAGGCGCGUGCCUUAGGGAGGCUCCCCAAAGGGGGCCCGUCAAUGGGCUUGGGCUAAUAAUGGGCCCCCCCUUAUUAAGGGCUGCCCGCCCGACCUCUUAGGCGGAUCUCCGGAGGAACCGCCUCGAGCGUUUCAGGCUCUCGAUCUGGUUCAUAUUGGUUUCCGAACUUGUUCGGAUUUUGCAUAGUUUGGCAGUUCUUAGACGUGGUUCAUGCUCUUGCUUUCUGCUGCCUCGCAGCGUGCGCUUGGGUGCGCUUUUUCUGGUGUCAUUGGGCUGGCUUGCGCUAGGGGUUCCACCGUAAGGUGGACCGAACGCCGUAGAGCUGUCCAAAUGAGUCCCACCGCAUACUUCCCCCUAAUAUAAGGGGGAUUCUUGUCGCUCUCUUUGAUGCGUGACGCGUCACGCGUCACGCCUCCCAACUCGCGCCGCCUAUGUGAGGCGUGACGUGGGAGGCGUGAGGCGUGAGGCGUCACGCGUCACCCCGAAGCCGCCCGCGGAUCUAUCAAGGGCGCACGGAUCUAGCAAGGGCUCACGGAUCUAUCAAGGCCUCACGGAUCUGCCAAGGGCUCACGGAUCUAUCAAGGACUCCCGGAUCUAUCAAGGGCUCACGGAUCUACCAAGGAUCCACGGAUCUAUCAGAGACAGAGAGAUCCGCGGAGCGAUCGAAGAUCCACGGAUCUAUCAACGAAAGAUCCGCGGAGCGAUCAAAGAUCCACGGAUCUAUCAAGGAUCCGCAGGUCUAUCAAGGAUCCGCGGAUCUAUCAAGGAUCCACGGAUCUAUCAAAGAAAGCCCCGCGGAUCUAUCAAGGAACCACGGAUCCCUCAAGGAUCCGCGGAUCUAUCAAGGGUCCACGGAUCUAUCAAAGAUCCCCGGAUCUAUCAAGGAUCCACGGAUAUACAUCCACGGAUCUAUUAAGGAUCCGCGGACCUAUCAAAGAAAGAUCCGCGGAGCGAUCGAAGAUCCACUGAUCUAUCAAGGAUCCACAGAUCUGCCAAGGAUCCACAGGGCAGAUCUAUCAAGCAUCCACGGAUCUACCCAAGAAAGAUCCGCGAGCGAUCGAAGAUCCCCGGAUCUAUCAAGGAUCCACAGAUCUAUCAGGGAUCCAGUGAUCUAUCAAGGAUCCACGGAUCUAUUCUAUCAGGGAUCCAGUGAUCUAUCAAGGAUCCACGGAUCUAUCAAGGAUCCAGUCCACGGAUCUAUCAAGGGCCCACGGGCCUCAUAUAAGUUUGCGAGAAUCUAGAUUCAUCAAAAUCAAGCCCCUCCUGCCCGCUGUUGCGUGACGCUUAAAAUUGAGGGCAGGCAUCUCAUCCUCCCCGAAGCUCUGGGCGUGACGCGGUGGGCGUCACGCGUCACGAAACAGCUCUACGGCGUUCAGUAAGUCCCACGGGUUUCCGCCCCUGCUCGUUUUAGAAUGAGAGCGAGCCGGGGCAGGCUUUGGCUGCCGGUCGUGGGGAGGGCGUGGAGGGUUGUUGCUUGUGUGAGUUUUCAGUCGUGGGAUGGGUCAGGCAGGUGAGCGGCACAAGGUUGGGCGCCGCUUGGGGUGCGGUAAGUCGGGUCGAAGUCUUCGGGGGCGCUCUUUGGGUGUUUGUUUCUUGGUCUUUUCUCUCUUUGUUUUCAGCUUGGUCGGGGGCUCCUUGGCGGGCGGCCGCGACGGACUGUGCCAGGGAGGGGUCGGCGGUCUGUGCCGUGGGGAGCGUGGGGCGCUCAUGGUGGUGCCGUGUGUAUGCUAGCAAGCACGAGUCCGCCAGAGAAUCCCCAAAAUGUUCCACCGGCUUCCGAAGAGGUCGCGGCCGAAGUCGCGCGUCCUUGUGCUUGUAGGUGGUAGAAAGUUUGCGCUGUCGCUUUUUGCUUUAAAAAAGUGCGCCAAAAACGAAACCUCCGCCAUGUCAUGUGGAAAGGCCAAAGUCAGAGGGCGUGGGCCCUUUCCGUCUUUUUGGCGGUUUCUGUAGGUAGUCGGUUGAAAGUGUCGCCUCUUUGGCAACAUCUAGGCGCUUUUUGUGCUUUUUAUUUUUUCGCUUGUUUCUAGUAAGUGCUGUGCUGUUUCCCGAUCUUCAGGCUGUGGCCGCGCCUUGUUUUGGGCGCGAUCUGAGGGCCGUGGAAUUUAUUGAAAAGCGUCUGGAAUGUAUUUCAAACGGAUGACAGCCGAGGGGGAUCUUAUUGCGCUGGGCACCGUUUUCGCGUCGCUUUGGAAUGCAUUCUGAACGAUUUCGAAACAAACAAAUUCCGCGGCCCUCAGACCGCGCCCAGAACAAGGCGCGCCUUGAAGAUCGCAGGACAGUACUAGAAACAGGCGAAAAAGAGGCGCAAAAAGUGCCCAGAUGUGGCCAAAAAGUUGACGCCUUCAACCGACUACGCACCUAACAAAAAAAAAGCUGGAAAAGGUUCGCGGUCUUUUUGACUUCUCUGCAGGAUGUGGGGCUGCAGGCGUUUGGUGUGCUUUUUUGAAGCAAAAAGCGGCAGCGCCAAUUUCUUACAACCAGCAGAAAAAUGCGACUUCGGCUGCGACCUCUUUGGGAGCCGGUUGAGCUCUCUGGGGUUUUUCUGCUUGCUGCGCUCUGGUUUAGCUAAAUCACUUUGGUGGCGCCACUGGACUUGGGAGUGCUUUGCGCCCCUCAUAGGCCCGCACCGGGCGCGGUCGCCCGCGGGUGUCCGCUCGUGACCAGCAGAGUGGGCGGCCUGCAGGGGAGCGACGGAAAGGGGAAACCCCCAACAGGUGCCCCGCUUUGAGGUUCGCGCCUUUACUUACCUUCCUUGGGUGCCAGCCUUGGCGCCGCUCGUUUGUUUGGGUAGCUUUUUGCUUGGGCAGACCUUGCGCAAGCAGCUAACAAGCAGCCAGGGCCUCGCCAUGACAGGCGGCUACAGCUAGCAACGGCUCGCGCUCUUCAGCAUGCAGAGCAGGCGCGCCGCCGCCCGAGGUUUGAGCAGCUGGCGGCUGAGUGGUGGCUGAAAAUGCCAAUCCAUGCACAGGCUGAGCGGCAGAGAAUAAAAACAAGAACCACGGGCGAAGGCUGUCAAACUGUGAAAAGCUUGAACAAUUUCGGGAAUGAAUAGGGAACGGGCCGAGAGCUUAGGAAGCUCGAGGCGGUUCCUUCUAGGGAUCCCUUUAAGAAAGUGCUGCACUUUCAAGAACCUGGCGCAUGCAUCGGGGUCAGCUAUAGCCAGCUUGCUACUUAGCGGGGCCAUAGCGUACUUUGCUAGCUUAGCCAAAGCCUGCUUGCCUUGCUAGAUUGCCUCAGCCGUAACCAGCUUGCCGCGCUGGCUUAGCCAUGGCCAGCUUGCCUCGCUAGAUUGCAUCUGAUAGCCGUAAUGGCCUUCGAAGAGUCUCCGCCCGGGGAUAUCGUAAGUAACUACUUCAUAAGCCGACUUUUGCACACGAGAUUCUAAGGUGCUGUCCGAAUUUUCCAGCUCUCACUUCUAAAAAUUCGUUUUCGGAUCAAAGUAGAAAUCAGGGGGCUGCAUGUGCUGGGGUAACUCGUCAGGGGAAAUACGAUACGAAUUAUAUCGGGAACCACUGAUACUUUAAUGCGCAGCUGCUGCUCCACUAGCGACAGCUCUAAUGCACCGAGAGCGAUACAGACGGGAAUGAUCGCGUUGAGCUUGGAACGGCUGUAGCUGGUGCGGUGCAGAGAUUGUCACACUUGGCUGCAAAUCAGGAGAAUUCGGAUGCAACGGAGAUCGAGACUUCCCUGGAGAAUAUUCUUAAAGAACUCAGGAAUCUGAUGACGACCCUCAAAGCCCAGGAGCCACAUGAAAUAGAGGGGCGACCAACUUUUGCAUCCACUUACGGGGCCUUUUCCAUUUUCAAAUAGUUCAGUCACAGUCCUGCCAAUGAUAAGACUCCACUUGGCUCUCUGUCCUCUACUUGUCCAAUUAUCACGACCAAUCCUUUGCUAAAGGCAUGUGGCGCAGGCGGGGAGCCAACGGGUGUUGAGUGAAUGCGUUGCACUGCACUGACUCGUAGAUGCUCCUGAUGACCGAGCAGCAGUGAGAGACGCUUAUCUAGAACUAGGGUUCGUCGAAGAUCACAACUAAACCAAAAAUACCCCAACACAUGAACGAUAGUUGUACUCAAUGGGCUUCUACUAGGUGUUUCAUUAUUGUCUUCUCUAAGCAUAACUAGCAACGCCUCAGCUUGGCAGCACAAGUAUAAGCGAAAGUAGUAGAAGUGCAGCGGCUAUUUCCGUGACAUCAGCUCCCGGGGAAGGCACUAUGGGGCCCGGGGCUGAAGUACUAGACGAUGCAAGAAGUGGCGGCGAUGAUGCUCUACUUGAACGAGAUCUCGACACACUUUAAGGUCUCACUCCCAUGAUUAGGGUUAUUAUUAGACUACUAUCAUAAAGAAGCACUCACACACGUUCUAGGGCUGCACGGUGGCCCCCCCCCUGUGGUAUGGUCUGCGGUGGCGCGCGCGCGCGCUUUUCCGCGCUGAUUUUCGCGGAUUCUAGUGGUGGAAGGCGGCAAAACUUGGCGCGCGGCUCUCCUUGCGCCUCUCUGCGUGUUCCUCGGGGACCUCUUGGCCUCUGCUGACCCUCGCAGGCGGUAGGCCUCCGGGGUAAAAGGACGCCGAAGGCGGCCACGGUCUCAAGAGCAGGCAAGCCGAUGACCAAGAGCCUCGAGGGGACAGGCCUCACGGCUCAGGGGGUCCAGCCCCUCGCCUUUUGCCGCCUUCGGAGGCCUUCCAAAGCCGGCGCACUGCUGCAGCGGCGAAGCACAUCGGAGGCACCUGGAGCACAGGCAUGCACCUGGAAGGGGGCGGCGCAGGCGGUCCCGUGGUCCCCUUUUGAAGCUUGUAGGGAACAGCCAGGCAGCUAGAGGCGAGCGGAGGAGGCCACGUGGCCCCCUUUUGAGGCCUUCCACUCCGGGCAGACGCCUUAAAAAGGGGCCUGGGGCUGCACGGUGCCCCCCCCCUACGCUAGGGGGGGCACCGUCGCCCUGAGCCCUGGAGGGCCAUAUAACAGUAUUAUAAUUAUAUAUCUUUCCUCCGCUGAGUAGUAGCUAGUACAGUAAGACAAUGCAACGGUAGAAUUUGAAGAAGAGGAAGGCCUUUUGCGGUACUAUACUGGCUACCUUUAUACGUAGCACAAUGGGGAUGCGUGCCAUGGUCUACAUCGGUAUAGAGUCAGUGAUUGCAGAGCUAGCGCUGUGUAUAAAAUACUACCAUUGUGAAACCUACCGCAAAUAAGGAGCUACUUCUUACUCUUAGUACAGCCACGACGUGGUAGAUCUUGAUCUACUUAGAAGGGUUAGAUGAAGACUUACAGUGUUUUGAAUUCAUCUAUGAUCGAAGGUUAUUACUUUUACCUUUAGCUCCCGAAAGUAUUUCACAGUCUGGUAGCCGCGGAGCCUAUUUUUCUACAGGAUGUGACGAUACAGCGACAAGCUAGCUACAGGAGGUGACGACACAGGAGCACAGGUUUGACGACUCCAGCUAGUAGCUCUAGGAACUUUGUGAGUAAGCUACACAAGGUGGCUGACGUCGUGUGCGUUUUGAUACAUCCUUGCGCUCCGUGAGCAUGCUUUUUUUUGCUUGCCGCUAUGAGCAGCUUUCUUUCUAAUCGACGCGAAAGCUCAGGGAAUCCUUCAAAGAGUUGGCCAAGGCAAUUGGCAAGGUAGAGAAAUCGCUUUAAGGCUUCUUUCACACGUCCAAGUCAGUGCCAACACCUUCUUUUCCAAGUCAGUAAUCAGAUGAAGAACAAAGAACCUCAGGAAUUCUCUGCCGCCAUGUUGUGCCUGUAGUUGUAGCGUCCAACAAUUAAAUAGGGAGCGUCCAUCUGAUCCUGUGCUACUCACUUUGGCCGUUGCAUAGGUCCAAGUGAUUGCUUUAUGAAAUUCAGACUAUGUUCUUGGACAUCGACAUGCUAGAUUCGCGUAGGUCGUUGUAGUAAAUACCAUACAUAGGGCUUCAUCUAUUAACUCUAGAUGGUGACCCAUCCUUCUCUCUGCUCUAAAAGGCGCCGAAGGAACCGAAGCGCAGUCUUAAAGAUAGCAUGGCAGAUCUUGGUCCCCUACUCAAGACGUUCAAGGAGAAGGCGGAGAGCGCUACUGGAGGUGGUGUAGGCCCGCAGAUCGUUAUGGAGGAAGCUAUCGGCGACCUUGAUGGGAGCACGGCGGAACACGAUGAUCUCAUCAGUAGGCUGUAAGACUCGAUGCUGGAGACUGUGUUUACCUGUAAAACAAGUACUCAACAUUUCAGACUAGACAGUGGGUUGAUCUAUCAAAAACAGAACAAGGCUUCUGCGUCGCUGUCUGCGACCUGUGCGAGGCAAUAUAUUUAUUAUAUGCUGUGAUGUACAUGUAGCAGUUGUGUUGAUUGACUGGCUGAUUGGCAUUGAGAGACUGACAGCCGAGCAAAAGUCUCGGGUAGGUUUCGUAAGUACCAACUCACACGCAGAGGAUUUCGUUGCGCGUUUUCAAGGUUUCUCAAUGUGCCGCACAAUCUACAGGCAGCUCUAAUCGAGUACAGACCUCCGAAGUCGUGUGGAGUCGUGGAUGAAUAGCCAUAGCAAACCUUAUGAGCAAAGCUACUUAGAGAAAUCUGUAAGUAAGAACACAACCACAAUCAAGGAGAUGCCAGAAGGGGCUCCUCGUCCUACGCGCCGCAACAUGUAGCCAAUACUGAUUAUACUCACCAGUCGACGAGUUUCUAGCUCCAACCAGAAAGAGCCCAAUCUCAUAACUCCGCAACCGCAUACUUAAUUAAGAAUGUGCUGCAUUGUGUGCGCCUCGUGGCCGAAGCACGACGACCUCCCACGUCUAGAUUUAGUUAACAAGUAUAUUGGCCGACUAAGGAAAGCGAAAGACAAGAAACAGUUUCCGCUACUACAGCGUAUGACGUUUCAUGUUUGUUGUUCAUCUCCUUCUCGCAUGAUGUCUGCAUGAAAAUGAGCGAUCCACCACUCCAGCCUUUCUGAUUUGUGACAGCGGAAGACCUCACUCUAAUCCAACGGUGACGCUGGUGCUGGUGGAAUUUAUGCCUCUUGUCGAAUGUUCGCGCUUCUUAGUUUCUUUUUUCCUGGUGUAGUUGUUACUCAUUUAUUUAUAGAGGAACACAGUCAACAGUGACUAUUGUUUCAGCCAGGUUAUUUACUGUAUGCGGGAGAAAGGGCGCAAGGCUUCUGGUUCUGACAGUGCCUCAGUGCCUGCAGGUGCAGGUGGGCAUCAGAAUCAGUGUGUCAGCGCAAAAGAGUGAACUAGUGCAUCUCGACCUCAAGCAGGGUCGAUAGAAGUUAGGGCACCCCAAGUAGGGUCCGUGAGGACGUAUGAACCUCCCAGGCAAAGCCGUCCUACUUUCGUUUUUCAUGUUGAAUACUCAGUCCCUACAUACUGCAUUGCUAGCGCUAACCAAGAAACGCCCAUGAAGCGAUCAGAAAAGCCGCUGAAGCACUAGUUGCAGAGCUCGAUGAAGCCCUCGCUUCUGCUUAUGAACAAUAGAGGGCAGGGGCAGCCUCUUCUUAGCAUAAAACUAGAUGAAGCAGGUCAGAAAGAAGAAGGCGCAUCGAGCCGUAUUCUUGAGUAGGGUAGAGCCCUUUUGCUAGUAAGCAAGUUCUUACUAGUGCUUCUCCCUACUUCUACGCAAAGGAAAGAGUCAAGCGUAGCCAUGUGCACUAGGUGCAUAGAACUAUGCUGUUCUCUUGAAAUGUAUUCUCCGACCGUCGUAAGCCUAAGCCUGAACCACAACGGGUCUACUUGUAUUUCCUGUCUAGAGUUUUUCACUGACCCAAAUUAAGUUGCACAGUCGCAAAGUGGGUAGUCGAACUUCUGAUAGCGUGUGCCUGCUUUCUUAGUACAUCACCUCGCGAAUGCCCCUCAUCCGUCUUCGAUAACAAGUGCACAAUCCAACGCCCGAAUCAUGAAGCCAAUUAUGUCUUUUAAAUGUUGGCUUGUUUACUGGUACUGCCUAUGCCCCUCGUAUUGGGCUAGUUUAAGGCAGCUGAAGCGCUUCUAAUCGACCAAUAUUGCAGCACUUUACGGCGUGUUCUUUGCGUUUCUUAUUCCUUCGAGAUAUUAUCACUACAAUUACUCACCGUCUCGCGUGCUGCCUGUCACUCUCCUCAAUCAAUUACAGCUUCUGGCGAUCACGUUUUGUCAAUCCUAUUUGAAGUUCGUGAGUCCUUGUGAGUGAAGUGUCCUUGUAAGAGAAUUGCAAGCCAAGAAAGCGCUCUUCCUUUUUACGCGCUAGCACGGAUUCUCCAUAAACUAAAUGCUUUAGAAAUACACUCCCUGCGCUAAUGAAAUAGGAGAAUUCGCGAGGCCGCUACAGACGCGGCUGCAGACCUCAGCAGCCUCUUUUAUGAUAGUCUUAGCAACAGUGAGUUAUUAACUUAGUUGCACUUGAUACACUUACACAGUGCCAAAGAACGGCAACUACACUAGGAAUUUUGGACUACUUAGCAUGUAUGUGCCAAUGAUGUCAUAGAAGAGCCACAAAAUUAAUGGAGAUAAAAUAGAUACUGAAACACCUGCGCCAAGUCGUCUCAUCGGGCACCCUUCUCCGCAAGCACUUACGAACGCAAAAAUACUCAACAAAGGGCCUGCUUAAUCUGAAAGCGAGGACUUCUUGGUACUUGUUGUUGUAUGUUUUUUCGUGACAGUGCAGUGGCCCUAAGCGAACGAGCCCCCGGACGGGCUGGCCACGGAGGACAACGUCGAAUACGCUCGGGAGAUGAUAGAAAAUUUUUACGGAUCCUCUCACUCUGUGUCAUUCUGCGCAAAUAGUUCGCAUUCAACGAAGCUGAUUUAUCGAUAUUGAUACUCCAGACCCCGCUUGUCGGUGGUCAGAUUUUUCGCUAUAAUCGGAGAGGUUUGAGGGAAUCCGCCCGAGGUUCUUCGUUCUUGGGCCUUUUGGUCUUGUUCAGUGUUUGACUUUUGACCACCGGGCGCCCCGAGGCUCUCGCGCCGGGUGGGAUUAGUUACAAAGAGGAGCGACGCGCUGCCGCCUUUAAAUGGUCAGACCACUCACGCGCGCCGCCGUGUGUACGCAGAUUAUCGGGGGAGUUUGCUGGCGUUGUUCGCACUCUUUUGAAGUAUUUCAGCGGGGAAGUUUGCGGGGGUUUCGCCGAAAUUGAGUAAGCUUUUGCCGCUUUCCUGCUCGCUAGGCCAUUUUUGAUGAAAAAACUGAAAAGAUGUCGCCAGACUUUUUUUCCAAGAAUGGCCUUGCGAGCAGGAAAGCGGCAAGCAAUAGAGAGGCUGAAUCAAUUUGGUGGCAUUUCUCAAGAAGGGCUGGACCGGUUGCCGCUUGAGUUCCAAAGGGCUCGCGCCUCCUCUUUUUGUUAAGUUUCGAUGGUGUGGCGUGCUCGCUGUGCCUCUGGUGCUUCCGCAGGUGGCUGAUUAGAAUGGCGCUAAGUUAGCUAAGAACUGCACAAAAACGGCCACUAUUGUCGCCUCCUCGUCCUGGAAGUGCUCCGCUUAGCGGCUUUUGCGGCUUGCUUCCUCUUGGUUUUUCUGUCUUUUGGUUUCGUUUCAUGUGAUUCCCCGCGCCCCUCCAGAGUCCACCGCAUCAGCCUGCAAGUGUGUGCCUGGGGAUUCUGGAGGGGCGCGGGGAUUCCGAGAGCGCCCGCGGUUCUUGGUUCGCAAUUGGGGGAAGGUUUUCCCGAAGCGAGCGCAGUAGGCGGCGAGUGUUCUGCGGGUUCGUAUCAUGCCCGGCAAGAUUGAACUUUGUCCGGAUUUUUGCAGUCCUUCGCUGAAUUUUCUCCAAUAUAAACAACCCGUGGGCCAGAACUGGGAGGGUGCCGGUACUCGAAGGGUUGGGAAAGUAAGGGCUUCGACAAAAAAGGGAGAAACAUCGAUAAAAACGGUAGAAGUAGAGGAGGCGCAAGAGGUAGAAAUCGAGAAAAGCAGGAGCCUUAUGUAGGUGCAGAAAAUCCAAGCUCCUAAAACUGAGACGGGCACUACUUUCAAGCCCGUCCGCCCACUAGUCUGCGCCUCUUUCUGCCUCUUUUUUCGUACAUUCCCGAGCCGGAAGCUAGUGGGUGGCCCCUGGUAACUACCAAAAACCUCCGCGCCCGAUGGCUCGGCAGUGAUAUGGGAGCACUCUCCGGGCGGGGGCGGCCCAAUAUCGGAGAAGGCGCGCGGGCAUCUCCGUUGGCUGUGAACUUGAGUGCUAAGGGCUGCCCUGGCUCCGUGUGGUUGUCACCCUUGCACGCAAAGCCACGCGCGAAGGCCAUCCCACCGCAGUGGGCUGCAGGGCUGUGCGACCGGGCUGGAGCGCCAGUAUGCAGGAAGACCCGACCCCGCCACACACUUGCAAAGUCCACCCCCGUGAACCUUGGCCAAGCCAAAACGAACCGGAGUCGGGUUGGCGUGCUGCUGCUGGUCGUUGCCUACGUCAUCCUCUUCCCCUGGCGCGGAGUCUGGUGGGCGUGCGUGUCUGCUACAGACUCGGGAGACAGACGGGUGAUCGAGCGACGACCAAGACCAACGGCGCCAAAAUAUAUUCUGCAACGCAAAAAGCAGACUUCGAGUUUGUUUGGGCAGGAUCCAAGAUUUGGAACGUCCGCCACCACUGUGCUGGUUUUGGUCGCUCCAAAGCCGACGAGGGUCCAGCAAGUCGCUGGCUAUUUUUUUCCCGGAAAAGGUUCGCUUUUUUAGGCCUUCCACUUGGGUCUAGUCUUGGGCUUUCAUCUUUUGAAAUCUUGGGCAACAAUUUCAAAAAUCUAGUGGGGGCAGCAAAUAUUUUCGGAGCAGACUUCGAGUAUAUUUCUGCGGUUUUUUCUGCGGGAAAAUUCAUCGCAGAAAAAGCACUUUUAGAGGUGGCUACACUUGGAUCUAAUCUUGGCUCAGAUUUGAGCCAAAGUGUGAGUCUGCUCACUCGCUCCGGCGCUUCCUGCUCCUGGUUGUCUUGCUGCAGCCCACAGAUUGUGGUAAAUUCAGACCAAGGGGAUCGCGCACAGGCUCAAGGAAGCGGCAAGCGGAGGAGGAAAGGGCUUCACAGCUGGCCGACUGGGGUGCGACUGAGUCAGUUGAUUCGGACAGCUUUCGGGCGCUUUGAAUCAGCUGACUCAGCCGCAGGUGUAGGCAGCCCUUGCGGCAAGCCCAGCGCCUGGGCCACUGAUCAGCUGCUUCAGGCACUGGCCAGGCAGUGGGCCACCCGGUUCCCUUUGAGGCAAUCUGCCAGGCCUCUGGCUGAGUCAACUGAUUCAUCAAGGCCAGCCUUGGCCUUGAGUCAGUUGAUUCGCAUGACCGUGCAAACACAACAGCGCACGCGGUCGCUGGCGAUGGCAUUGGGGCCGGGGACUCCUGAGCUGCCUGAAGAUGCUGCGUUGUGUGCGUUUGCUGUGGCUUUCUUGGUCUCUCGACCGUUGUGCACAUUGCGUCGCCUUUUUGUGCGUUUUGAAAUCUCAACUCUAGGGCCUUGGGUAGUCUCCAUCUUCACCUUAGAGAACCAAAAAAGGUGGAAAAAAUGUAGAAAAGGGCGCAGAAGUGGCUUGGCAGGAGGUCGCAGCAAAAGGACGAGGGGCAACUUCUACAGAAAGAAGGGCUUGCCCAUCUUACUUGCAUAUCUAUGCACGCACACUGGAGGGGGCGGGGGGAUCGCAAAGGGAGGAAGCGCGCCGCGAAGCUCUUGCUGCCUGGCAGUUGCCCGCGCGCCUGCCUCUGGCGGGUGCGAGGUAGUGCGGCAAGAGCGGGAGAACAUAGAGAAAUGAGAGGCGCAGCAAGAUGCGCCAAGCCUGAGGGACCGGCCGCAGCUUGGUGGCAAUCCUGCCAGGACACUGCGCGGCCAAGCGCGCGCGGCUCCCCACCGGGCCCGGGCGCGCAUUGCACAGGCCACCGGGGCGCUGCGCUGGCAGUGGGGCGGAAGAAGCAGCCUACAAGAAGGGCCAAGGUCAGGCCCGCCAUUUUCCGGGCCUCUUCUGAUACCGCGGCCCCAGUUUUUCCCGGGGCCAUGUUGGCCCCAGUAUUUCCGGGGACCCCGCCAGAACUAUAAGGAACCCCGCGGGAAAAUAAGGACCCGGGAUUUUUGCGGCCCCGGUCCGAUUAAUGGGGGAAAAGCACCGGGGCCCUUAUAAUACAGGGGGCCCAGUUUUUCCGGUCCAAACCCUUACUUUCCCACCCCUUCUAGUACCGGCACCCUCCCAGUUCUGGUCCAUGCAUUGAUAUUUGAGUGUUUUUGUUUUCCGUUCGAUUUCGAAUAAAGAUAGAUAUAAUCCGUAUUCAAAGAACUGGGGCAUGAAGCGCAUACUUAAUGCCCCUAUAAUAGUAGUAUUAGCUCGCCGCUUGCGUGGGUGGCUGGCUGGGUGUGAGAGACCAGCAAGAGCAUCAACUAUGUAUAUUCACAAGGCAGGCUUGAUUACAUAACUGCCUGCAUCUCAUGAAGGUGACCGUGGUGGCGGGAAAAGCAUUUCUAUUAGUGGAGCUGCAUUUGGUUUUGAAUAGCCUACUUGAAAAUAGGACUACUCUCUUGCCCUGUUUCAGCGACGGACCUUCCUCAUCCUCCAGCCCUUAUGUAGUGGUCGCUCUAACCGAAUCGGAAAUUUUGCGAAAUCCAGAGCCAGACCUUCGAAGCACAACGCAAAGCGAGGGAAAAGCAAACCAAAAUAGACGCUAUUUAUGUCACUGACAUCAAAAACCCAGAAUGGCUGUUAUUUGGAGAGGUGGCGUGAGUGCUUCUCUCAAGAACAUGGUGCGCGUGCCCAAGAUCAAGAAGUUGGCGUACUACUAUGUAUAAAUAUUUAAUAUUAAUAUUUUUUGUAUUGGUGAUAAGAGUAGAGAGCGCAAUAUCCCUACGAUUGGGAGAAGCGCCAACAAAUGAGCUCAAACAGCAAGCGAGGCUGGAGGAGUGAUGAUUGGGGGAUACUCAAUAACCUAGGUUGAACUAGCGCUGGGCACUGUGCCUAUUCUAGUGCGCUAGUACGUUACAUGAAGACGAGACUACUUCUCGUAGUAUAUAUUCCUUCGAGAGACCAUUUUAAUGACGUGAAGUCUACGCAUGAAGAUGCGGCUUCGCGGCAGCUCUAAUUAUAGCUAAAUAGCGGCGGCCGCGGCCCCGAGAGUGACAAUGCUGAAAACCUGGCUCCACCGCUUAGUACUCGCGACCCUGCUAGUACUCCAGUCUCAACAAUUUAUGUUGAUGAGGAUACUUGAGAAUGAGAAGACCGCCAACAACUAACUACACCUCGAAAGCAAGCCUGGAAGAGUAGUGAUUGGAUGAUCCCCGUCCCCCAUGAUCUAGCACUUGCCCUAGCGCGAGCACUGGGUAGCGUGCCUAUUCUCGAGAUGAUGCUCAACAUCGUAAAAGGCAUUCAGCAGCAGUGUUUAAACUUCCUAGCAGGCAGUGACGUGCUAUAAUCUAGAAGAUCUACGUAUGAAGAAGUAGAUGCUUUCUUGUCGUGGUAGCUCUAAUCAUGACCGGAAGAUGGGCCCCCGUGUCCUAAGGUGGAGACCUUUUAAGGCUCCGCUCGUUCCAUUUUGAACUAAAUAAGUACUACUCGCUAUGAGUAUGAAAAGGAAUCAACUAUGUAUCGGUAUCCAACCAUGUGAAUCAUUACUAGCAUUCUGAUGUUGGAUCGCGACAGUCGUGGCAAACGCCUGCAUCAUGGCAUCAACUAUGUAUGAUGUGGGAGAGCCAGAGCCUCUGCGCGAUCACUCCUCAGUGCGCGUAUGUAAUCAACAAAUAGACGUUUAUUGGUGUACGCGCACAACGUAAAUGAUGCAUUGUUAUUGUACUCUGUAACCGUAUUAUUUCCCUUUUGGCACUGCAUCGCAGUGGCGGUAGAUCAUAGACUUUUCAGCCAUCGAAUACAUGGAGUAUGUGGUUAAUAAGGAGGCGGAGACCGACCGCGCGUCUUGGGCUGGACGAUUUCUGAGUAAGAAGAAGUGCUCCUCUUUUUAGCCGUGUCCUGGUCAUUAUGGGUGCUUUUGCUCCUUCUUUUUUUUCCUUGCGUCACCUCGGCAACUCUAAUCAAUUCGCGAAAUGCGUGAGCUGAUGCUAGAAAACCUCGAAGCCGUGGACAAGGCCAGGCGACCGCGAGGAAAAUACGACAGCACCCCCCUGAAUUCGGUUCCAAUUUUUCUACACUUAGUCCACCUCUGAGGACUACAACAGCAACCCAAAAAAUAACUACUCUACUCGAGGUUCUUUCGGAAAGGUUACUACUACUACGUCCUAGCCACAAUUUCCGUCGUGCAAGUUAGUCAUUAGUUACGCUCACGCCCUUUCGAAAGAUGCAAACGAAUCGUCGGUGUCACCCCGAUCCUAAAUCAGGCGCCGCUGCCAUUACUGGAUCAUUUGCAACCGCAAGAAGCAAACGCAGCUUAUGGCAACAUAGUAGCGGUCCUUGAAUACAAAAACAAAAUCAAAAAGGCAGUGCAAAGUAGAGCUCACUGAAUAUGCGCUCAUCGGUAGUUUAACGAUGAUCCUGAUAUGCAUUCUCGCGUGCAAUCUGUUUCUGGCGCCAGGAGUCAGAAACGGAAUUGAAAUCCACUUCAAAUGAGGCGCGCCAGGAGAUCAACGGCUCCUCCCCGCAGGCGGUGGAAGAGCAACGACAGCCACCUUACUAGGAUAUUCUAUAUUAUUGAGACUGUGCCUUUGCGUCCAGGAACUGAAAAAUACCAAAACAGUGUCUACUAGUAGCCUGAAAUUAGUAUUAGAAGCAACAGAGCACGAUCAAUAUCAAUUGUUUCACUUGUUGUUCAAUUGUUCCAAACUCCUAUGAAGCAUUAACAAAUAAUCGCAAGGAUCUACGGGAUCGGAGGUCCUCUGACACCGACUUAGAGUAUCAUGAGUAACUGCAUUUAGUACUACAGCCAAGAGCUCAAGUUCGAGAUGAUGAGCUAGCCUCAUCAUUCAUUAUAUCUGCGUGGCUUGAUCAUUUUUCGAGCUAAAACUUUGCACUUGAUGUCUCGCGUGGUUUCGCGCAUCGUCAAACAACUCCGCGUCUGCUCCUUUUUUUGCCGGCUCUAAAAAUCGAGCCCCGAGCCGACCAGCGAGGCAUCAGAUUCAGAGUCUGCGGCACCGCUACCAACAACAGGGGGUGGGGUACCUUACAGCACUCAAGCAUAACGGUCCAGGGCUCAGGGCGACGGCGCCACCCCUAGCGUAGGCGGGGGGGGGGUACCGUGCAGCCCCGGGCCGCUUUUUAAGGCGUCUGCCGGGGGUGGAAGGCCUCAAAAGGGGGCCAGGUGACUGCCUCCGCCCCCUUCCAGCUGCCUGGCGGUUCCUUACAGGCCUCCGAUGUAGCUGGGAGGCCUCAAAGGGGCCCAAGGAGGGGACCGCCUGCGCCGCCUUCCAGGUGCUUGCCUGUGCCUUAAGUGCCUCCGAUAUGCUUCGCCGCCGCAGCAAUGCGCCGGCUUUGGAAGGCCUCUGGAGGCGGCAAAAGGUGAGGGGCUGGACCCCCUGAGCCGUGCGGCCUGUACCCUCCGGGCCCUUGGUCAUCGGCUUGCUGGCUCUUGCGACCGUGGCCGCCUUUCACCAGACGACCUCCCGCCUGCGAGGGUCACCAGAGGCCAGGGGGCCCCUGAGGAACAUGCAGAGAGGCGCAGGGGACCGCCUGCGCCAAGUUUUGACGCCUUCGAGCACUAGGACCCGCGAAAAUCAGCGCGGGAAAGCGCGCCACCACAGACCACACGGGGGGGGCACUGUACAGCCCUAAAAAAUGUAUAAGACAUUGAUCCAAAAAGGUGGCAAGGAUUUUGGCCGAGGUGCUUUUUCUUUGCUAUUGUUUGGAGCUUGAGUGGUACUUAUACUCGCUUGUAGUGCUUCGAAUCUGCCUCCUGCGCGUAACUUCAUCCUUGGCGCUACUAGUUCUAGCAGGGUACUCUGUCCCACGCAUCCUGUACAGUGAAGGCGCUUCUCUACAAUAUUUUUUCCUGGGAGCUAUAUCUGAAUCUAUGCGUUUUCAUCUUGCCACGGUAUUGCCUAUUACUCUGAGUUGAACAUGAUGAAUUAACCAAAGCAAUCACUCAUAUCUGAGUGGCGUGAUCAUUUUGUGAGCCCGUAGCAACACGCAGAAGCAGAUAUCAUGAAUUUUUUGGUGUCUUACUUUCGUGUUGCUCCGUCUAUCGUCAUACAGCUCCGCGUCGGCUUUUUCUUUUAGUGGUAGCUCUAACAAUCGACAUCGAAAACCUUAUCCGAGAGCGCGCAUCCAGGUGCUUUGCAUGACGUUGGCCUGCCGCAGCCUCGUGACCAACCGAAAACCGCGCCAUCUACUUCUUACGGCGUUAUUUUAUAAUAUAUGUACAUCGGGAGCGAGUGACAAGCAAGUUUUAUUUCCCUUCCUUUUCAGUUGGUUCAGAUCCGUCUUUUACAGCACUGAUCCAAAAAGAGAACAAGGAUCCCCCCGGCCUAGGUGCUUUUUCUUUUCUAUUGUAUCAUUUGGAACCUGGGUGCUAUUAAUACUCUUUCGUGGUAGCUUCAAUUAUGGUAUGGUUAAUACAAGACUGCUUUGACUUUAGUUAGAAAAUCCGUUCCCUUUAUAUAAAGUUAAAGGAAGAGGGGUAAGUACUAAGUAGCUAGUACGUAGUAGUAAAAUUAGCUAGCUAAAGCUGCAGGAUUGUCCUGCAGGAGUUGAGGCAUGCUCUCAGGAGGUGAGCCUCCAGAUCGGUAGGGCGUGGCUCUCCGAGAGGCGAAGAGAGGACUCUUUGGCGACCAGGUCCACGGGCAAGGCCGCUCCUGGCCAAAGAGUCUGCUCUUUUCCUCUCCGAGGGCCACCUCCUGCCGGGCUGCUGCUUCGACCUAUGUGGAGACCGCCUCCAGAGACAAGCCCCCACCCCCUGCAGGACUUUCUUGCAGCUUGAUGCCCUAACUUAACCUAGCUAAUUAACCUAGCUAAUGCGGCUUUAUGCAUCACCCCACAACUCCGUCUGCUAUUAGUGGCGCCGCUAAUUCUGAGGCGAAGAUGAUCUUGUUCAAACGCAGCCCACAUCUCCUGGCCCAAUUCAAGGGUGGAGCAAGCGUCCGACGACACCAAGUCCGGGGGGGGAGCCAGACAGAACCGCCAGAGCCGCUCCAACAACCACAACAACAGAGCACUCCGAAAGACGGAAGCGGAGCACCUGCCGCUUAUGAUGCCAUAUAUGUUCCAGGGCUUGGGGCUACGGUGCCCCCCUAGCGUAGGGGCGGGGCACCGGUAGCCCCGGGCCCCUUUUGGAGGCGUCUGCCGGGGGUGGAAGGCCUCAAAAGGGGGCCAAGUGGCCGCCUUCGCUCCCUUCCAGGUACUUGGCCGUCCCCCAGAGGCCUCCGACGUAGGUGGAAGGCCUCAAGAGGGGCCCAAAGGGCCGCCUCUGCUUCCUUUCCAGGUGCUUGGCAGUCCCCUAGAGGCUUCCGAGGUAGGUGGAAGGCCUCAAAAGGGGCCAGGUGGCCUCCUCUGCUCCCUUCCAGCUGCCUGGCUGUCCACCCGAGUUUUCUGACAUAGGUGGGAGGCUUCAAAAGGGGCCCAAGGAACCGCCUGCGCCCCCUUCCAGGUGCCUGCCUGUGCCCUAAGUGCCUCCGAUAUGCUUCGCCGCCGCAGCAGUGCGCCGGUUUUGGAAGGCCUCCGAAGGCGGCAAAAGGCGAGGGGCCGGACCCCCUGAGCCCUGCGGCUUGUACCCUCCAGCCCCUUGGUCAUCGGCUUGCCGGCUCUUGCGACCGUGGCCGCCUUCGGCGGCCUUUCACCCCGGAGACCUCCCGCCUGCGAGGGUCACCAAAGGCCAGGAGGGCCCUGAGGGACACGCAGAGAGGCGAGAGGGACCGCCUGUGCCAAGUUUUCACUCCUUCGAGCACUAGAAUCCGCGAAAAACAGCGCGGAAACAAAAGCGCGCGCGCGCGCCACCGCAGACCAUACCAAAGGGGGGGGGCACCGUACAGCCUUGCAACAUGAGUAUGACAUUGACCAAAAGAGGUGGCAAGGAUUUUGACCGAGCUGCUUUCUCUUUGCUAUUGUUUGGAGCUUGAGCGGUAUUUAUACUCGCUUGUAGUGCCUCGAAUCUGCCUCCUGCGCGUAACUCCAUCCUUGGCGCUACUAGUUCUAGCAGGGUACUCUGUCCCACGCAUCCUGUACAGUGAAGGCGCUUCUCUACAAUAUUUUUUCCCGGGAGCUAUAUCUGAAUCUAUGCGUUUUCAUCUUGCCACGGUAUUGCCUAUUACUCUGAGUUGAACAUGAUGAAUUAACCAAAGCAAUCACUCAUAUCUGAGUGGCGUGAUCAUUUUGUGAGCCCGUAGCAACACGCAGAAGCAGAUAUCAUGAAUUUUUUGGUGUCUUACUUUCGUGUUGCUCCGUCUAUCGUCAUACAACUCCGCGUCGGCUUUUUCUUUUAGUGGUAGCUCUAACAAUCGACAUCGAGAUCGAACACCUUAUCGAACAGCGCGCGUCCAGGUACGUUGCCAGGCGUUGGCCAGCCGCAGGAUCUUGUCCAACGGAAAACGAAAAGCGCGCCACCUGCUUACGGCAUUACUUUAUAUAAAUUAUAUAAAUAUAAUAUAUGUACAUCGGCAGCGAGUGACAAGCAAGCUUUAUUUCAGUUGCUUUUCAGUUGGUUCAGAAUCAGAUCCGUCUUUUACAGCACUGAUCCAAAAAGAGAACAAGGAUCCCCCCGGCCUAGGUGCUUUUUCUUUUCUAUUGUAUCAUUUGGAACCUGGGUGCUAUCAAUACUCGUUCGUAGUUGUAGCUUCAAAGAUGGCAUGGUUAAAAGAUUGCUUUGGCUUUAGUUAGAAAAUCCGGUCCCUUUAGAAAAAGUUAAAGUAAGAGGGGUAAGAAGCUAGUAGUAGUAAAAGUAGCUAGCGAAAGCUGCAGGAUUGUCCUGCAGGAGUUGCGGCAUGCUCUCAGGAGGUGGGCCUCCAGAUCGGUAGCGCGUGGCUCUCCGAGAGGCGAAGAGAGGACUCUUUGGCGACCAGGUCCACGGGCAGGGCCGCUACUGGCCAAAGAGUCUGCUCCUUACCUUUCCUCCCCGAGAGCCGCCCCUGCCGGGCUGCUGCUUCGACCUAUCUGGAGACCACCUCCAGAGACCAGCCCCCACCCCCCGCAGGACUUUCCUGCACCUGAAUGCCCGAACCUAGCCUAGCUAAUUAGCCUAGCUAAUGCGGCUUUAUGCAUCACCCCACAACUCCGUCUGCUAUUAGUGGCGCCUCGUAUUCUGAGGUGAUCUUGUUCAAACGCAGCCCACAUCUCGUCCUGGCCCAAUUCAAGGAUGGAGCAAGCAUCCGGCGACACCAAACCUUGGGAGGAGCCAGACAGAACCGCCAGAGCCGCUCCAACAACCACAAAAGCAGAGCACUCCGAAAGACGGAAGCCGAGCACCUGCGGCUUAUGGUGCCAUAUAUCGGAAGCUUGCAGGCUGGUGCCCUAUUCUUCAAGAUCAUUCGUCUAAAGCAUUGCAGAGGCAAUGGCAGGCGGGUGCUUAGAUUUAUUUUAUCUACCCUUGUAAGUAUUCUCACACAACAAAGACAUGGGCGCUCCUCCAUAGUAGCACUUGAUGCUCUCCUCUUCCACAACAGGGGCGAGAACAUGCAUGGGACUACUAGGAACUUUCGUUCAGCUAUUAUCUAAAAAGGUAGAUCUUGAGAGCGAGAACUAACGAGCCUGAGUUAAUAAAAUGGGCUAUUUUGUGAGUUAUUUCUAUCACUGCAGCUCCCCCGUAGUCAUUCAUUACACUGUAAUAUGUAAAGACUCCCGGGCGUUAUAGAAUAGAAGUAUAUAUCUGCAACCGUAGCCCUAGUCAUGAUUGCGAUCUAACGCAAAAAGACAAGGAUCCUGAGCUUGACUCCUUCGCUUUAUUUUUCCUAAGUAUAUAUCUGCAACCGAGUAGCCCCGCGCCUGGCGGACGAUUUCGGUUGGUUGGUUGGUUGGUUGGUUGGUUGGGUCGUCAUUCCAACCAGCCAACCAUCCGACGGCGCCAGGAUCGGGAGGCAGUGCUGACGGAGAUGGGCAGCCGUAGCGCGGGCUGCGCUUAUCGCGUCCUUCUUCCAAACGGCAGCGGCGCUGGCCAACAACCCAACCAGCCCGCUGGUCGGUUGCUUGCUUGCUUGCUUGCUUGCUUGCUUGCUUGCUUGCUUGCUUGCUUGCUUGCUUGGUGGGUGGUUGGUUGGUUGGUUGGUUGGUCGGUUGGUUGGCGGGUGGGGUAGUUGGCUGGUGGGUUGGCUAGUCGGGGCCCACGCUCGUCCAGCCGCCUGGCUGGCUGGCGAGUCGCGGCCCACGCUCGUCCAGCCGCUUGGCUGGUUGGUUGGAGAGUCGGGGCCCACGCUCUUCUGGCGAGACCGUUGGUUGGUUCUGGUUGGUUGGUGAGUCGAGGCCCGCGCUCGUCUGGCGAGACAGUUGGGGGGCUGGUUGGUUGGUUGGUUGGUGAGUCAGGGCCCACGCCCGUCGGGCGGCGCGGUUGGUUGGUUCUUUGGUUGGUUGGCUGGCUGGCUAGUCGGGGCCCGCGCUCGUCUGGAGGAACAGCUGGCGGGCUGGUGAGUCGGGGCCCACGCUCGUCGGGUGGCUUGGUUGGUUGGUGAGUCGCGGCCCACGCUCGUCCAGCCGCCUGGCUGGUUGGUUGGUUGGUGAGUCGGGGCCCACGCUCGUCUGGCGGGACAGUUGGCAGGCUGGUUGGUUGGCUAGUCGGGGCCGGCGCUCGUCUGGCGUGGCAGUUCUUGGGCUGGUUGGUUGGCUGGCUAGUCGGGGCCCACGCUCGUCCGGCGGGGCAGUUGGUUGGCUAGUCGGGGACCGCGCUCGUCUGGCGGGACAGUUCUUGGGUUGGUUGGUUGGUGAGUCGGGGCCCACGGUCGUCUGGCGGCGCAGUUGGUUGGCUAGUCGGGGCCCACGCUCGUCUGGCGGGGCAGUUGGUUGGCUGGUUGGUUGGCUAGUCAGGACCCCCGCUCGUCUGGCGGGAGAGGGGCAGUUGGUUGGUAGGUUGGCUAGUCGGGGCCCACGCUCGUCCAGCCGCUCGGCUGGUUGGUUGGUUGGUUGGUUGGUUGGUUGGCUAGUCAGGGCCCCCGCUCGUCCGGCCGCCCGGCUGGUUGGUUGCUUGGUUGGCUAGUCGGGGCCCACGCUCGUCCAGCCGCCCGGCUGGUUGGUUGGCUGGCUAAUCAGGGCCCACGCUCGUCCAGCCUGCCGGCUGGUUGGUUGGCUAAUCGGGGCCCACGCUCGUCCAGCCGCCCGCCCGGCUGGUUGGUUGGUUGGCUAAUCGGGACGCACGCUGGCUCGCCUGGCUGGUUGGUUGGUUGGUUAAUCGGGGCCCACGCUCGUCCAGCCCCCCGGCUGGUUGGUUGGUUGGCUAAUCGGGGCCCACACUCGUCCAGCUGCCCGGCUGGUUGAUAGUUGGUUUGCUAAUCGGGGCCCACGCUGGCUCGCCCGGCUGGUUGGUUGGUUGGUUGGUUGGUUAAUCGGGGCCCACGCUCGUCCAGUUGCCUGGCUGGUUGGCUGGUUGGCUAAUCGGGGCCCACGCUCGUCCAGCCCCCUGGCUGGUGGGUUGGUUGGCUAGGCUAAUCGGGACCCACGCUCGCCCAGCCACCCGGCUGGUUGGUUGGUUGGGUAAUCGGGGCCCACGCUCGUGCAGCCCCCUGGCUGGUUGGUUGGUUGGCUAGUCAGGGCCUACGGUCGUCCAGCCGCUUGGCCGGUUGGUUGCUUGGUUGGCUAGUCGGGGCCCACGCUCGUCCAGCUGCCCGGCUGGUUGGUUGGUUGGGUAAUCGGGGCCCACGCUCGUGCAGCCCCCUGGCUGGUUGGUUGGUUGGCUAGUCAGGGCCUACGGUCGUCCAGCCGCUUGGCCGGUUGGUUGCUUGGUUGGCUAGUCGGGGCCCACGCUCGUCCAGCUGCCCGGCUGGUUGGUUGGUUGGCGAGUCGGAGCCCACGCUCGUCCAGCUGCCCGUCCGGUUGGUUGGUUGGCUGGUCGGGGCCCACGCUCGUCCAGCUGCCAGGCUGGUUGGCUAAUCGGGGCAACACAAAGAGACAAGAAUUGUUGCGUUCUAUUUUCUGCUGACCCUCUGGCUCGGAGGUACUUCGACACCGACUUAGAGUAUCGUGAGUAGCUACAUUGAGUGCAUCAGCCAAAAACUCAAGGCGCUGUCGUCCGAAUAAAUUUUUUCGGUUAUAGUAAAGACGAGUGAGUCUCUAACAUAAAAAAAGGGAGCUGGCUUCACGAGAGAGCGAACACCUCGACGAGAUCAUCGGCGUGAUUCAGAGACAUAUGAUUGCUGCAUCACUCCAGCCUGCCACGACUGUACUAACUUGGUCUUGGUGGUUUUGAAAAAGUAGUAUUCCUUGUUUCUAAUUCGUCAAUUCUACAUCUAGUUCGCGUUUUGUCGCCCUUCUACGUAUCUUCUCUGCAAGUAGAAUUCUGAAAGGUUUAGCACAAUUGUUGCACAAUGCUGGACCAUUCGCAAUUUCUCUCCAAAGUAUGCACAUUAUCAGCACUCCCACUCGCUGACUUCAGGAUGAUCUUCCUUUAAUAUUGUUGGACGCGUGAGCUUCGCCUGCCGCUCGUUAUGAAGAGAGAGAGCAUUCCCUUUCCCUGGACACAAACUUAGCAUGAUUAGUAGAGACGACAGAGCACAAUCAAGAUUUUGGCUUGUUGUUCAAUUGUUCAUUAGAUUGAUAUUAUAUGUUGCAUUGUAUGUGUACUCACAGCAUUGCUACCGAUCUGCUUCUUUUAUUGCAUAUGCUGCUGGUCGCAGCUCUAACUCUGCGGGUCUUCGACGGCCGGGGAAGGGAAAGGACAGGGAGUUCUGGUAAAAGAGACGCUGACGCGCCGACCUCCAUGAGGAUGCGGUCAUAAGUGUUUGUUAUUCUCAGACAAGAAGCGCUGACGUCAUAUAGAUGGAAAACGCAGCUGGGUACACGGUUGCAACUGUUCCACGCAUGUUCAUGCUGUGACUCAGACUCUAGCUUGCAGUUUCUAAUAAAUAUAUAGUCACGUGUGAGGCGUUCGGGCCGCGCGCGAACUAAUAAUAAUAAAAAAAAAUAUCAUCGAUUCUACUAGUAUGAGCGCUACACCUACACUCGAAUUGCAUUUGCAGAGAUAGAGAACUUUUUAUAAGCUAUCGAUUACAUGCCAAGAACUGGCUGAUACGACUAGGAGGCAAAAGUAUGAAGCUUUGUUUCUGUAUCAUUCGAAAGUAACAAGUUGCUGGAACAAUGAUUAUGAUUAAGAAAUCGAGGCCAUCUUCCUGCUCCUCCUAGGUCCAGGAGAUGAUAGGAGAGUUAGAAAGAGGACAUCAAAGAAAUUGAAAUAAUCGCUCAACGAAGUUAAGACUAAGUAGGUGUAGUCUAGUCGUUUGUCCUUUAGCAGCAUCGUUUAUUAGGUUUAGCAGGUUAUGAAAAUUUACAUUUUGAUGAACAGGAACUAAUUGAAGACGAAGAAAAUCUUGAUGCUUUUUAUUUAGUUCUACUCCGGGCAACUAGUACAGCACAAAAAUUUAUAUCCUUUUAUUCUCCGCAUCUUCGUGCCUGUUUCUCCUGAAUCGACCUUCAUCCAGUGAAGCUUAAGUACUUAGAGUUUCCCUCUGUACAAGACUAGGCAGUGAUGGUGUAGAACGUGGUGGGCUGUCAUGAUUUUCAUUAUAUUUUGUAGGAUUGUCUUCCUGUAAGAGGAUUAGGACUGAUGUCUCUGUCAUUUACGGCUGUCAUAAUAUAUAAGGUGUCAUCAUCAAGGAUGUGGCACAAGAAAGCAGCUGCAUUUGUAUCAACUCUACGAGUUCAGUUUUUAAUGCCGGAUGAUAUGUAAACUGAAGCAGACUACUUCCAAGACCAAGGAAAAGUCACGAGACACCUAGCUUUACCAAAAACGAUGCAUCAACGAUUUCACUGUAUAGCUGUGAGCCAUGACGUUGCACCCUGUUGAAGGCCAUCUUUUACCCCUGAGUGGGUAGUUGUUGAAGACCACUCAAAGAUCAACAUGAUCAUGAUGGCAAUGAUAAUGAUGAGGGCUUGCUCAAAAAUGAUGUCAAAGCUACAUCAUGGAGCUGAUCAUAUACUUGUCCAGCCUUAUGAGCUCGUAGUGCUUUUGUACAUCUCGUUAUUGUUGAGGG